GGAAUGUUCCGUGCAGGUUCAGAGUGACCGUUGAGCAGGGCAGUUGGAAAGGGAGAAGCUGGUCUGAGCAGAAUGACCGAGACAAAAGCUUCCUUCCAGAUGGAAGCGAACUAACAAGGCAAGCAAGUGAGAAGAGGGACGGAGGGGAAGCCAUAUUAGUCAGAGCACCAAGAAAAGUCACCUUGAAGAGAAGAUGGCAGAGCAAGAAAAGAGAUAAGUGCUGAACCCACCAUAGCCAAGGGCAAAGCUAGAGAUCACAAGGGUGGAAAAUAGGGUUCCCCGCUUUGUGACCUUAAUGCAGCAGCUUGAAGCGUUUGCAGGAAGGUGGCUUAAGCAGAGAGUAGCCUGCCCAAUAGUUUUCUGUUUCAAGUUUCUCCAAGUCAUUGUAUUACCUUUAUACAGUUUCUCCUGAAUGGACACACUUUUAUUUCGGAGCCCACCAGGAGGAAAAAUCAGUUCAGGGAUGGGAGGUAUUUGCAGGGGAGAAUUGACUGGGGAGGUUUGACUGCUGCUGUUUUAAUGUCCACAAGUCUGACCAUAUGAUGUUCACAGUACUAUCCAGUCCUUUCUUAUUGUUUUUCCACAUCUCUUGUUGUUAUUUUCAUAUAUUUUUCCUUUCUCUUUGUGACCUCUGAUAGUUUCCACAAGCUAGUUAAAACAGUUUGUAAUCCUGCGUGGAUAUUUUUUUUUAAUCCAGUAGCCAUAUCCAGACGUUUUCCAUAUAACAUCACUUCCAUAAAUCAAAACAGUCUUAGCGUCAUUAAUCUUCACAAAUCUGCCUCCUUUCUCAAACCUCUGAGGAGAUUCACCAGGAAUGCAGUCUGAAAACAAAUCCGUUCCUCCUCCUGGCUAUAAAUCCUUUGGCAAGAUGGCGACUCUGAAUUAAUUCCUGCGCCAUUCCAAAAGCUCUUAUUCCUUCUCGAUCUCCAUAAAGCAUACUUUUGGUUAAAGUUUUUAUUUCCACACAGACCUUAAUCAUCCUGCUUGGGUCAGUUAAACCGACGGUUCUAAUGAGAAGGGGUUCUUGGGUAAUCACAUAGAAGAAAAGUAAAAAAGGUUCCCCCCCCCAUUCAGUCCCAUUGUCGACAUACCCAGCCUUUGAUGUAUCUUCAUCGUAAAAUAUUCCUGUUGCUCCAACCCAUCUUCUUCUUUCGCAGAGGUCCCUUCAAUUAGCAGUCUUCACUCCCCUUCUUCACUUGAAAUAUGUGCAUUUGCUUCUUUUGUGAUUAAUUAUUCCAAAUUGCUGCAGCUAGUGCGCUAUCAGAGACAGUGUCCAGGAGAGCCGAAGUCCACACGGGGGCAUUCUGCCUAGUGCCCUCACCCCCUUCUUUUGAAUUUGGGGGUGAUUUAUGGGCACAGAAGGCAAGGGCAGUAUUCCCCAUCCCCUUGGGGCAACAAGGGAGGCUGCCUACUCCCAUAACAGCCUCUUAAUUACCCCGUGUGGUCCGGAGAGAUGGUAUUGUCGGCCAUCUUCCAAUGCGCCCCUAGUGGCCCCCCAGGCUUCGUCAACCUUGGCCCUCCAGAUGUUUUGAGACUUGAAUUCCCAUCAUUCCUGACCACUGAUCCUAGUUAGGGUUCAUGGGAGUUGUAGGCCAAAAACAUCUGGAGGGCCGAGGUUGAGGAAGCCUGGAUUAGAUGACGCUUUGGGUCCCUUCCAACUCUAUGAUGCUAUGAUUCUAUUAUACUAUCCCAAGGAGCAGAAGCAAUAAGCUGGUUAGGAUGGAGCUGCUAUGCUAGCUUCCCAACAGGUGGGUAAUUGUUUCUUCCUGGUAGGGGGCAAGGCGAGGUGAUGGAGAGGAUGGUGCAGUGCAAAGGCAGGAGCUGAGCCAAUCUGGUGCUCCUGGUCACCACCAUGUUUAUGCUAUGUUGACCUCCCACAGUUUUCUCACUCCCUUUGUUACUCCCUUUGUCACUCCCUUUGCAGGUAAGCAACAGUGAGAGCCUUGUGGCCCCAGCUAGUCUGUCAACGCCUGGGCAAUCCCCCAUCUGACUUCCACACUCUUCGGGAAGAAAGGAUUGUAGCCGAACAGAGCCAGUAAAUGGUGCCUUGUCAGUUUGGGAUCCUUACUUGCUCAAGAGCUAACCAACUCUUUCUGCCACCCAAAUGAAAAUGGUUUCUUGCAGAUGGGCUCUCGGCAUUGAUAGUUGUGGGUAUCUUUCCCCACAGCCAGGGCAACCAGAGACCCCUCUUGCUCCAAUGAUAGGAAAGUCAACUAAGUUUUCAAAAAAUAAAAGCUAAAGUUGGAAGGCCAUGUGGUAUGAUCCCUGAAGGCACAGGAAACCCAGUGUUACAUACACCAUCCCUGAUAGGUGGCCAUCGACCUUGUGGUUGUUGUUUAGUCGUGUCUGACUCUUCGUGACCCCAUGGACCAGAGCACGCUAGGCACUCCUGUCUUCCACUGCCUCCCGCAGUUUGGUCAGACUCAUGUUUGUAGCUUCGAGAACACCGUCCAACCAUCUUGUCCUCUGUCGUCCCCUUCUUCUUGUGCCCUCCAUCUUUCCCAACAUCAGGGUCUUUUCCAGGGAGUCUUCUCUUCUCAUGAGGUGGCCAAAAGGAUUGGAGCCUCAGCUUCACGAUCUGUCCUUCCAGUGAGCACUCAGGGCUGAUUUCCUUCAGAAUGGAUAGGUUUGAUCUUCUUGCAGUCCAUGGGACUCUCAAGAGUCUCCUCCAGCACCGUAAUUCAAAAGCACCAGUUCUUCAGCAAUCAACCUUCUUUAUGGCCAUUGACCUUAGUCACCUCCUAAUGAUGGAUGGUCCACUACUUCAGAAGCAGCCUGUUCCACUGUUGAACAACUUUUUUCUUUCUCGUCGUUAAAGUAAUAGCCUCUCUCUCUCUCUUCCUCUCUUUUUACUUUGAAGAGAAAUCUGACUGUAAGCGAUGAGCCAUGGGAUCUGCAAGCGGGCAAGGUGUACGUGUCGGAGUCUUGCUUGAGUCCUGGGUUCAACACAGUCACUGCCAAAAAGUCCUUCCACGAGAAAUAUUCUCCAAGUUUGGAAACCAUGAUCCCCAUCCACCUGAAAGCAAGGCAAGUUGUGUGGCAUUAGGAAGCUGCCUAACGAGUCAGACCAUUGAGUCCAUCAAGCUCAGUACUGUCAACACAGACCGGCAGCAGCUUUCCAGGAUUUCAGGCCUUACCUGGAGAUGCUGGGGAUUGAACUGGGGCAGGGGAGGGUCUUCUGCAAGUGAGGCAGAUGCACUACCACUGAGCUACAUUUCCUAUAAUUGGAAUGCAAACAGCUUAACAAAGAUUGUUUUGAAUAGCAUUUGCACCCUCUCGUUCUUUGCUGGAAAAAGGCCAGCAAAAAUAAAUAAAUAAAUAAACCUCAAACUUGUGGGUCGGCAUAAAACUGUGCACCUUAUUUAUUUAUUUAUUUAUUUAUUUUGAAAGGUGAAUUUCUUUUGUGAAUUGCUGGGCUAUAAAAAUACUCCAUCCGUUGAAAUGUUAAGGUGUGUCCUUAAUACUGAUUGAUGAGAGACAGACCUUUUGAAAGGAUUCUGUUUAUGACUCUCUCUGUUUAAUACAAUGUUACCAUGAUAUUGAACAAAAGAAGUCCUAUUUUAUUCCAUUGAUGUUUAUACCCCUCCUUUCUAUGAUAAAACCAGAAGCUUCCUGAAGCCAGCAGGUCCAGAUCUGGUCAGUGCUUGGCGCUCUAGAUAUACCAUUCUGAGUUCUGCAAAAGUCAAGAAAUAAAUGAAUUAUAAAUAACACAUGGGUAUGCAUAAAAAAAAGGGAUGCAGGUGGCACUGUGGGUUAAACCACAGUGCCUACGACUUGCCGAUCAGAAGGUCAGCGGUUCGAAUCCCUGCGACGGGGUGAGCUCCUGUUGUUCAGUCCCAGCUCCUGCCCACCUAGCAGUUCGAAAGCACGUCAAAGUGCAAGUAGAUAAAUAGGUACCGCUCCGGCGGGAAGGUAAACGGCGUUUCCGUGCGCUGCUCUGGUUCGCCAGAAGCAGCUUAGUCAUGCUGGCCACAUGACCCAGAAGCUGUACGCCGGCUCCCUCGGCCAAUAAAGUGAGAUGAGCACCGCAACCCCAGAGUCGGCCACGACUGGACCUAAUGGUCAGGGGUCCCUUUACCUUAUGCAUAAAAAAGCCAUUUGCAGCAGAGAUGGUGACCCUCAAUAUGUUUCUUGCACUCCAACUCCCAUCAGCCUCAGCCAAUGGUCAAGGAUGAUGGGAAUUGUAGUCCAACAACAUCUGGAGGGCCACACAUUCUCCACCCUUGGUUUUUCAUGAUCUGGGUUUGCGCUAACAAGCAUAUUUGCAAAUAAAAAUAUAGCGGAGAAAGAGCAUACGUACAUAUGAACAGUGGAAUGAUCUACGUAAGCAACAAAAGGAUAGCAAAUAAGAAGUGCAGACUAUUACACCCAAUUCUUUUGGGGGCCUUCAGUUGGGGUGUGACUUCCCGCAUUAAAAAGCAGAAACUUUAACUAAUCUUAUUGCUUUCAGAGCUACUUCCUUUUGGCCACAUUUAUUUGUAUUUAACCAAUUAUUGGUAAUAGCUAUUGAUUUCCUUAUGAAUUAGUUAUGGCACAUCUGUGUCAGGUGAAGGUUUGUACAUAUUUGGUAUGUAGCUAUAUAUAAAUAGUUUGUGCUUCAAAUUUCCUUUACCUUUAUGUUUUCAUUAGUUAAGAAUGUGUGUGUGUGUGUGUGUGUGUGUGUGUGUAUAAUGCAGUUUCUGGUAUCACUAGAUCAACUUCAUCAGCUUUGUCAAAUUAAUUAAACUGAAUAGUUUUAAAUGGAUUUUGAAUAAAUGUGCAAUUAAUUGUUACUGUUCUGAAUGAUGCUUUUCAUAGGGUAGAGGGCACUGGGGAUAGGUUUAUGGAACCAAGGGGCUGUGGCCCUAGGAAAUUUGCGAACCACUCAGUUAGACGUUAGGAGAAAACCCACAGGAGUUUUUGAGUUUGGAUGGACAAACUGCCUGAUGCAGCAGAAGGCAGUUUGCUAGCAAUGCAAUAGCUUUUUGUUUUAUUUUACUCUCUCCCCUGUCCCGGGCAGGUCAGCUGUGAAUCCAAUAGACAACGCGGGGCUGAUCUCAUUUGCAACAUUUUCUUGGCUCUCGUACCUCAUGCUCCGAGGAUUCAAGCACAAACUCAGCAUGGACUCCUUGCCUCCUCUCUCUCCCCUUGACAGCUCAGAACCAAACACCAAAAGGUAGCAGGGUUUUGACACACCGGUACAGUCAUAACUCACGUUACGUUUGCUUCCAUGUUACGUUCUUUCAGGUUACAUCCCGCAGCGACCCGGAAGUACUGGAAAGGGUUACUUCCGGGUUUCACCGCUCGCGCAUGUGCAGAAAUGCAAAAUGACGCCACCGCAUGUGUAGAAGCGCCGAAUCGCAACCCACGCAUGCACAGACGCACCACUGCAGGUUGCGCUCUUUUCAUGUUGAGAACGGGCCUCUGGAACGGAUCCUGUUCGCAAGCAGAGGUACUACCUCAGGUUAAGUACUUAAUUCGUUCCGGAGGUCCGUUCUUAACCUGAAACUGUUCUUAACCUGAAGCACCACUUUAGCUAAUGGGGCCUCCUGCUGCCGCUGUGCUGCCGGAGCACGAUUUCUGUUCUCAUCCUGAAGCAAAGUUCUUAACCUGAAGCACUAUUUCUGGGUUAGCGGAGUCUGUAACCUGAAGCGUCUGUAACCUGAAGUGUAUGUAACCCGAGGUACCACUGUAUAUGUAAGAGCUUUUCCUGCAUGCAGGGAACGAUCAUUUGCAUGUCCUCACGCCCAUCUUCUCUCGAGAACUUGAGUAUAAUAGGCAGUUCUUAGCUAGGAAAUAACACUAAUCUUGCUGCUCCACUCAUGUAAAGUUCAGGGGAACAGGAUGGAAGGCCAUUGUCUUUCCCUCCCUCCUCCCCCGAUUUUUUUGUUGUGCGUGCAUGCAUGCAAUGUUAUGAUCCUGAUUUCAUCCAGUCUCCCUGCAAUUUUUUCAUGCAGAGUCACCUUAUGAGCAGGGUUGGCGCCAUGACCUGGCAUCCAUGAGCACCCAACCCCAGGCACCCCAGUAAGGCCUGUUACUCAUUCUUUAGUUCAGGAAAGCUUAACACAGGAAUACCAGAAGGGUCCAGCUGCUGCAUCAGGCCAAAAAGACCCAGCUGCUCCAGCAUCCUGUUCUCGCAGUGGCCAGCCAGCUGCCUGUGGGAAGCCUGGAAGUAGGAACCUGAGCACCAUGGUGCUCUUCCCACUUGCGAUUCCCAGCAAAGUGGCAUCUAGAGGGCAUGACGCCUCUGAAGGGAAGACCUCUUAGCUAGUAGCCAAGCUGAAAGGCCUCUGCAUCUGCUCAGAGGUACGGUCUUCCUGCUGCUUCACAUAUCAUUGGAAGGAAGAACAUCAUGUGCCAACAAGGAAAGUAGCCAUAGCCUUGUGUUCUUCCAUCCCUAUUUAUCUUGUGAACCACUGUGAGAUCUUUUGAAGAUGGGUGGUAUAUUAAUCCAAUAUUAAUGAAUGAAUACAUACCAUAGUAUUGAUAGCUCUGUCCUCCAUCCACGUUGGCCAUCAGCAUGGCAUCUUUUGUCUUGACACUGGAUAUUAGAUAGAAUUCUUAGUGGAGUAUUUGCUUCAGCAUUGAAACAGGUCAAAAUGAGAGCUUAUAUUUGAGCUGGAGGUGCCAUCCCAUCUGAACUACCAGCGAGGCCCUGAUCUAGGCAGGUGCCUACAUAUGCCUCCCUCCUCCUCCCAAGUAGCAUCACUCAAGCCUGAACUUCCUCCCUGGCUCACUGUCCCCUUUGCUCCUAUGACCCCAGAGACAGGGGCGUAGGAAGCAGGGGAUGGUGGGGGUGGCGCACCCCGGGUGUCAUCCCAGAGGGGGGUGACAAAAUCCCCCCUGGACGGAUCGCGCUGCCACACUGCGAUAGGCCCUCCGCUGGAAGGAUCGUGCCACCACAAUUGGCUCCCCACCGGGAGGAUCACCCCCCCGCGCCAGGAUGCCGCGAUCACCACCCCGCUCUUAAAUAUAUAUUUUUUCAUCUCAUUAUGUAUCAUCUCCCCAAAUCCCUUAGCUAUUCUACAAGUCCACUGCAUAUGAUAAAAUGUACCUUUUGUUUCUUUACAUUUCCAACAUGUACCUGAUUCUGACUAUACAUCUUUGCUGGUUUACUUGUUGUAAAGUACCAUCUAUAAAUCAUUUUAACUUGUGGAACUAUUUGACCACAGUAUGUAAUGAUGACAACUAGCACAGUUAGAGCUUUCAAUAAGGAUUAAGAUAAAUUUCAUUAAGGUCUAUCUAUGGCUGUUAGAGAGAUGCUUAUCUAAAUUAAGGUAACUGGUGACACCACCCAAGGGAGGAAGGGGGAGAAAGCUUUCUUUGAUGAGGGGUGGAGGGAGGGAGGGGGAAUUUCAAUGGGGGGGGGUGACAAAAAAAAUUCUGUGCCGGGUACCACCUGACCUUGCUACGCCACUGCCCAGAGGUGACCAGGGUGAGGUCUGAGAGCCAGCCAGGAAGCCAGGCACCCAGGGUAGGGUGUCUGGAUCUGAUGGGUCUGGCCCCCUGGGGCCCCAGCAGCUGCCCAGUGGUGUUGGUUGCCAACUGAAGACUAGGAGUGGCUCGUUGCAAGGAAUUACUCCCACAGAAUUGCAAAGGUCAUCUGUUCAGCACUGACUUUGUAGCUAGCCAUAAGAAGUGGGUCUCUUCCAACCAGCUUGUGAGUGGAGGAAAUGUGCAGUGCUGCUGUUUGCCUUUGACAGAUUGCAACACCUUUGGGAAGAAGAGCUGGCCAAAGUCGGUCCCAAUAAAGCUUCCUUACGCAGAGUGGUGUUUAAAUUUCAAAGGACCCGGAUUCUGGUAGACAUAUCGGCUAACAUCAUUUCAGUUAUUAUUGGUGCUUUGGGCCCGGUGAGUAGCAUGGAAAUACAAUUUAUAAACACGCUUGAAAUGUGUCUUUCGAAGGUGGGUGGGGGGAUUGUCGGGUGGCAUUUGCCAACCUGGCUCUCUCCAGAUGUGUUUGAACUGCUUCUCCCAUCAUCCUCGGCCAGCAUACCUUCCAUUUGGCAGAUUAUCUCCCCACCCUGAAAAGUAACCGAGAAACUCUUUUGCAGACAGUGAUCAUCCACAACAUCCUGGCGCACAGUGAAGACGACUCCUGGGACGUCAUCCAUGGGAUUGGCCUCUGCAUAGCCCUUUUCAUCACAGAGUUUUCCAAAGUCUUCUUCUGGUCAAUGGCCUGGGCCAUCAACUACCGCACUGCUAUCCGAUUAAAAGUUGCCGUGUCGACCCUGACAUUUGAGAAGCUGCUGUCAUUUAAGACUUUGGCACGCAUCUCUGUCAGCGAAGUAAGUUGGCUUUAUUUUUUCUGUAGCUCACCUUUCCUCCAAGGAGCUGAAGGUGGUCACAUGGUUAUCUUCCUCCCAUUUUUUAAAUCCUCACAACAACCCCACGAGGUAGGUUACAAUGAGGGAUGCAGCUUAUAUUCGGGCCAAUACAGUAUAACCUGGGGCCCAAGUUGGCGCCCCUGUCACUGGAUAAGCCUAUGAAUGACUGCAAGUCAUGAUGGCCAGAUGCUUCCUCCAGGUCUAGAGUCAGCAAUUGAUGGGGGAAAACAGUAGGAGAGGGCCAUUGCCCUCCUUUGCUACUUGCAGACUUCUGUUUAGUUCUGCUGGGCAGCAGAAUGCUGGACUAGGUAGGCCUUCAGGAAGAUCCAGAACAGGAGGCUGGCAUUAUAAACCAGGUGGUUACACAUCAGCCGAUUCGUGUGUUAUACAUGCCUUGACAAUGAAUUGAAAACCUUUGAUUACAAGAUCACUUCUGACUAGAGACAGACAAACCUGUCGACUUUGAUUCUCUGAGUUUCUCAUUUUUCCAGUCUGCAUUUCCACAACACUCUUCUAAUUUUUUUAAUGCCCUCAUGAAAAUUUGACAUAUUAGUGCAAAUUUAUCUUAACAGAUGUAAGCAGUUUAAACCAAUAGCACACAUUUUUGCAAGCCAUUUCCUCAAGAUAAUGUAUUUUUUGUAUAUUUUUAUUUUUAUUAAUGUGAGAUGUUUGUGCACAUCACUCUAGUAUAUGCAUUUUGUUACGCAUUACAUGUACAGGAGAACUGCAUUGCAAAAUUCAGAAAAGUGGAAACUUGGAUGGCUCACACAUUGUUUAAGAAAGUACAAAUUUAGUAGGUUCGUCUUUAAAUGUGAACCAAACUGAAUUUCUCCCUCAUUCUUCCUUCUGACUAGUUGGUCACAGCAUCACUCUUGGUUCCUUUGUAUCUUUCAGAUGAUCAAUUUGCUAAGCAAUGACGGCUAUCGAAUAUUUGAUGCUGCUUUAGUUUGUCCCCUGCCGCUUGCUGUACCUCUGCUGAUGACCAUCGGCACAAUCUAUUCCUGCAUCAUCCUUGGUCCCACGGCACUCCUAGGGCUGGUUCUUUAUAUUAUAUUCAUACCUGUACAGGUAACACAGUCAUUUCCUACAUAAUCAUGGCACUAUUUAGUGGGAAGAAACUCCAGUGAAAAUCCUCAUUAUUACAUAUUUUUUUACAUGGCUCUUUAUCUGUAUAUAUCUGAAAAUUUUAUAUAUGAGUGCUUUAUGAUGGCUUACGUUUGCAAUGCCUAAUAAAGGUUUGGCGAAGUGAGUUUAUGUCAAUAACUGUUUUAGAAAAAAGGCCCCUAGAGAACCUCUAGAUGGGUGGGCAUUUUUGGUGGGUAUAUUCUGCAACUUGUCAUUGGCCUCAUUCACACCAUACAUUUAAAGCACUCUGGUCCUGCUUUAAACAGUCAUGACUUCCUCCAAAGAAUCCUGGGAGCUGAAGUUUGUUACAGGUGCUGAGAGUUUUUAGGAGAACCCCUCUCUUCCCCUCUCAGAGCUACCAUUUCCCAGAGUUCCCUGAGAAGAGGAUGCAUAGUUAAACCACUCUGGGAACAGCAGCUCCUGGGAGGGGAGUAGAGGGGUCUCCUAACAACUCUCAGCACCCUUAACAAAUGACAGCUCCCAGAAUCCUUUAGGAGAAGCCACAGCCAUUUAAAGUGGUGCUUUAAAUGCCUAGCAUGUCAAUACGGCCCCUGAUGCAAUAAUGGUGGUAGAUUUAUCCCUGGGCAUCCGCACACCACUCCCCUUUAUUAGUUGUUCUGCGAUGCUUCCCCAAUAUUAUUGCGUUACUGCCGCCUGGGGCGUCACCCUUGUGCUAUAGUACAACAUUCGUACAGCACAACCUGGAACAUUAGUAGUGUGAAUCUUCACAGGAUUUCAGCAGGAAGCUACAGGAGUGGAUAUGAAGUGGUAUGUCCUUCUCAAAACUUUUUCAGGUGCAAAAAGGGCUGAAAGCAAGAUUGUGUGUAAUGGUCCCCAUACCAUCAUGAGCCCAAAUAAUCCUGAACGCAUCUUGUCUGGAAGGGCCCAUAGUCUAUUCACUGGAUGACACAGGACUUAUAUGUACCCGGGUGAAGUUAGGCAUUUCCUGCCUCUGUCAUGUUCUUGUUGAGGGUCAGGAAGUUGAACAAGAACUUUCUGACUGGUGUGUCCUCUAAGCCAGAGGUUCCUGAAUUAUUUUUUUCAGGCCACAGUCCCCUUGGUUCCAUAAACCCAUUCCUCUGUGCGCCCUACUCAGCCCUACGAAAAGCAUUAUUCAGAAUAGUGGUUUGCAUGGCACACUAAGAAAGAUCAUGGCACCAUAAAGUUCAUAAGAGUAACAAUCAAUUGCACAUUUUUUCAAAAUCCAGUUAAAACCACAGUGGAGCCUCGGGUUGUGAACAUGAUCUGUGAGGGAGGCACGUUCGCAACCCGCAGCAUUCACAACCCACAGUGCCACAUCUGCGCACGUGCGGGUCACAAUUUGGUGCUUCUGCGCAUGCGCAAAGGGUGAUUGCCGAAACCCAGAAGUAACCUGUUCUGGUACUUUUGGGUUCGGCGCAGUGCGCAAUCCGAAAAUGCAUAACCUGAAGCAUCCAUAACCCGAGGUACCACUGUAUGUAGUUUAAUCGAUUCAACAAAAUUGAUGAACUUGAUCCAGAUAUACUAGCUUUCCAAAGUCUGACAGUAAUUUAAACCCCCAGCGCCCCCUGCCACCCUCCUGCCUCUUAGUCCCGGCCCACGUAAUCCCACUGCCCUUUAGGGGUGCAACCAGGCUACUUCCAUGAGUAGGGGGAGAGGCACUUUCUCAGAGCAAAGCAUGUGCUCUACCACUGAGCUACUUGGACCUUCCCCAACACUGAAAGGGCUUUUUUAAAAAAACAAAAACAGGCCCGUUAGUAUUUGUCUCUUAUAUUGUUUGCUCUCUUUGCAUUUUGCCUAUUUGCUGUAGAUGCUCAUAGCCAAGAUAACAUCUGUAUUCCGAAGAGCCGCCAUUCUGAAGACGGAUAAGCGUGUGCGAGUAAUGUCUGAGAUUUUAACAUGCAUCAAGCUGAUUAAAAUGUAUGCUUGGGAGAAAUCUUUUGCGAAUACCAUCAAAGGUAUGGGGCACGGUGGGAGAAGAGUUCUUUUGCAUUUCCGCUGAGUUCCUUAAGUGGAUCGUUACCUGCAAUUGUCUUUGUUUCAGUGGUCAUCCGAGAUUAUAAUUUGCAAAAUUGCAUUCCAUUGUCUAGAAUAGGUGGUGUGGCCAAAAGUGGGUGUCGCCUCUGCACACCUGACAUGUGGCAUGUACAAGCACACAGCCCUUCUCAUCUGAUCCAUGCAGGUCCGCAUGGGAGGGGCAUUAUAUACAAAUGACGACAGCCAAUGUUCAGAUGCCCCACAGUGAAAUAGCCCACUAUUUGGAAUUCUUAGUAGCUCUUCAGCUUCAAGGGAGAAUAUAGGAUCCCCAAGGAGAACAUCCUGAUACCUAAAUACAGAACAAAGCUUUAAAAAGGACAGGCCUCCAAUCCCAAUAAUUAUUCUUCCCAGGGAUUGUGAAUGCGGCAACCUGAAUUUGUACCUUUUCCGUAGGUUUGCUUUUUGUUCAGUUGUGCGCUCUACUGUAUUUCUUAUGUUAUCAAAUUAUAUGUUUUUGAUAAAAUAAAUACAGAUAAAUACUUUUCAAAAUAUGAUUUUCAGUCUGGUGACUGGGGAAGGAGUGAUCUGCUUCCCCAUGAGGGCACCUAGGCUUGGAAAAGGGUUUAAACCUCCCCAUUCAACCCAGCUCUGUUAGCGGAAGGGUUACCGCUACCUCCAAAAUCAGAGGAGUCUUGACAUUUGCUUGCAGUGCGGUAGCUCAUCUAGGGUAUUGGCAUUCCUAGCCUAGAAGGUUCUGUGGUUUAUCACUUUGCUAAAAUCAUAACAGCUUGAUAUAUGUAUUUUGCCCUCCCCAGGCACCAGAAAAAAGGAAAGGAUAAUCCUGGAAAAAGCCGGAUAUGUACAGAGCGUGAAUUCUGCCCUAACUCCAAUUGUGUCCACCACGGCGAUUGUCUUGACAUUCACCUUCCACAUUCUUCUGAAGCAAGAGCUAACAGCCUCUGUUGUAAGGCUUAGCCCCAAUUUACAUUUUGUCAAUGAUCAUUUUGUCAGUUUCAUAUUUUGAUCCUGAUGUUGUUGGAAUUACUUUUCUGGCACCCUAAAACUUAGGGUCAAACUAACAUUAUUCCAGCUUUGUAUGUGGUUACUCACCUGUUCACCAUGUAGUUCACCAUGGAUGACCAGGCAUUCUGUGAUGGUGAGUGCAUUGCAUUCCUUGGAGGUGAGAGUAAGAAGGCCAGUGGAGGAAGAAUAAACCACUCCAUCCCUUGUCUACCAGCCUGCUUUGUUUCCAUGCUAGCUGUGGAAGAAGGAAAGUCUCUUCAUCCACAACCUGCACACAAAACAAGCAUGGGGGGUAGAGAUGAGAAAGAUCACCCCAUCCCUCCUCCACUAGUCCACAUGAUCAAAUGCCUUUUUUUAAAAAAAAAACCCCCAACAUUCUAAGAGGUUAGCUGGAAACCUCUUAGAGGGGGGCACACAGAGAAGGACCUCGGAUGCUGAUUGUAGGGUCUGGGUAAGUUCAUACCUGGAAAGGCAGCCCUUGGAAACCUUGGGGUAUUGGGGUCCUGUGUUAUGCAAGGCUUUAUAGGUCACAAUCAGUAUUUGGAGUUGGUCCUUUUGUCUGCAUACCUGUGCUGAUGAGCUGGAUUCCUGGUUUACCUCCUUCCACAGCAAAUUGAGAAGGGCCAUAGAUCAGUGGUAAGCACCUGGUUUGUAUGCAGAAUUAUUAUUAUUAUUAAGAAUACCAUGCCCAUCUGGCUGGAUUUCUGCAGCCAUUCUGGGCAGCUUACAGCAUAUACAGAAUGUCUCAGAUCCAAUCCCUGGCAUCUCCAGGUUGUGCUGGGAACUUCCUCUGUCUGAAAUACUGGCAAGCCACUGCUGCUCAGUGUAGACAAAGCUAGAUGGACCAAACGAUCUGACUCAGUAGGCAACUUCCUAUGUUCCUAUGAGAGCUGCUACUAGUCACUGUAAACAAUACUAAGCUAGACGGACGAGCGCUUUGACGAUAAGUAUAAUGCAGCUCCUUAUGUUCUAUAUGGCAAAAGAGCUGGAGAAGGACUGGGAACAGGGGAAACUGUGUCUCCCAAGCCUCCAUCAGAGAAAUUCAGUGCAGCAUCAAAAUUCAUAUUGCAACCUGGCAGCUUUAGUCCAUGUUGCCAUUGUCGAGGUGGUGUAGCGGUUGGAAUGUUGGGCUAGGACUGCAGGGAGUGAGGUUUAAAGUCCCAGUCUGCCAUGAUACCAGCUGCCUUUUAACUCCUUUCCCUUUUCAGGCCUUCAGCAUGAUUGCUAUGUUUAACGUCAUGAGGUUUUCACUUGCCAUUCUGCCGUUUUCUGUGAAAGCCUUUGCGGAAGCAAAUGUCGCUAUUAAAAGAAUGGAGGUAAAACAACAACAACACAAAUGUUUUAGGUUUGUUCAGUGGGAGCAUGAGAAACAAUGGCCUAGGCUGAGGUUCCUGUACACUUUUGCUGUAGCAAUAUGCACUUUAAUCUAUUAUUACACCGGAGGCUGCUUGCUGGGGAAAUUACAGGAAACUGUACAAGUAAUCUUACUCUGUUCAUAACUCUUUGCUCUUGCUCUUUUUUAAAAAAUUAUGUUAGUUCUGACAUUCAGGCUAGUUCCCAGAGUUUAUUAAUCCAGUGACUUAGACACGCAGCUUCUGGACAUCCCGUUUUACUCCAAGCAUACCUCUGCCACAAUCACAUAAGGAGUUAAUUCUGUGCAUUAUUUUAUUGGGUGCCAACCUUGACCCUGCCUCUCUCCUUUUUUUCCUUUAGAAAAUUCUGCUCACCAAAACUCCUCCUGCAUAUGUGAUGGCACUGGAGGACCCCCGGAAUGCUGUCGUCCUGAAAAACGCCACUUUGUCCUGGGUGAAUUUGCCUAGUGAAAGCAGCACUAGAAGUAAUAAGGAGAAUGUCCUGAAAGUGAAAAGUGCACGCAAGCCCCAAUCCACGACUGGAGUCACCACGUCUCACUCUCAGAUAUCAAGUUCUGGGAAGGAGUGCAGUAGUAGCAAUGUCCUGUCCAACAUCAGUUUUAUGGUGAAGAAAGUAGGUAUACCUGAACGAUAAUUUGCAGAAGAGUAGCUGUGUUAAGUCCAGCAAGGAAGAGCCGUGUGGCACCUUGAAGACUGACACGUUUCUAUGGCAUAAGCUUUUGUGGGCUGGUGUCCGUCAGAUGUAUGAAAUGUUACCCUGAGUUGCAGAUACAUGCACAGAACACAGGUUAUAUCCAGUGCUAUCUUUACUCAAAGCAGACCCAUUGAAAUUGAUGGGCAUGACUAACUUAGGUAGAUUAAUUUCAGUGGGUCUACUCUGAUUAAAACUUAGUUGGCUAUGGCCCAUGGCUGGGUGAGAGAACGGUAAAAAUUGAGAUCAGAGGGAGAUUAAAGUUUCAUCUGCACUGUGUAUCUAUUGCAUCCCUUUGAACAGUCAUACUUCUCCCAAGGAAAACAGAAAACAAGAACCAAAAGAAUUGUUUCUCACAGGAAGUAAACAAAGCACAGAUUUCUCAGCUCUUACACACAAUUUGUGCGUAAAGUUUUAGACACGGCAAUGUCAUUGAUGGGCCUUUCUCUGAAAGUCUAGUUUUGAUGGAUGUCAGAACUUAAUGGGCCAAUGUUAUCCAUGAUGCAGAAAAUAGUAUGUCCUAGAAUCCUUUGGGAAAAGCCAUGACUAUUUAAAAUGGUAUAAUACUGCUUUAAAUAUAUAGUGCAGAUGGGGCCUAGAUCAGGCAUCCCCAAACUCAGCCCUCUAGAUGUUUUGGAACUACAGUUCCCAUCAUCCCUGACCACUGGUCCUGUUAGCUAGGGUUGAUGGGAGUUGUAGUCCCAAAACAUCUGGAGGGCCGAGUUUGGGGAUGCCUGGCUUAGAUGAAGUAAAGUAGACAGUGAUAGCAAAUGCUUUUUUUCUGAGAGGACGCAGGGGUACACAAACCCUUAAACAUUUUGUGAAUCUUUGUACUUUCGUCCAUUUACUGUGUUUAUUUCCCCGAUUUUAACUAUAAAAUUGUGAUUUUCUUGAGUCAAAAUGAGAGUACUCCUAAACAUUUUUUUUAGAAAAAAGCACUGGUGAUAGAUAUGCACUUAACUGGGGUAAUUCAUUCUAUUUCUAAUAAAUCUUUUCUAACAUUUCUUUCUGACUUCGAUGUGUUACGGUUAAGAGUUAAGCAAUCACUCUAUGCAUGUUCAUGUUGGGAAAAAUGCACAAUUGCUAUGAAUAGAUCUGUUUCAAAAUAAAUUUUCUUUGUAGGGCAAAGUUUUAGGGAUUUGCGGACACGUUGGAAGUGGAAAGAGCUCGAUCAUGUCAGCGAUAUUGGGGCAGGUAUGCUACCUUUUAAACAUUUUGCAGAAAGCGCACACUAUCUAGUGGAGUUACUUGUAAUGUUGUACAUUUUUCUGUAUUAAAUUAUUCUAUGGUUGUAAUGGUCGAAUAAGAAUAUCAACCUCAGCACUUGCAAAGUACAGGCAUCAAGCAUGUGUUGUGCAGUGUCUAAAGUGUCAGCCUAGGACCUGGGAGAUCAGGGUUCAAAACUCCACUCAACUUCUGUCAAUAGGCAGGGAGUUGCAAAGUGUAGGUGUUGCCACACUAAAAUAUUGAUUUGUUACAAGUGAAGAACAAGUAUCCCAUGGUACCUGUAACAGUGCAAGUUUCGCAGAUUGGAGUGGCCGAAUGGGCGCAUACGGGGUAAGGGAAAGGUAACAUGUUGGUAACAACCAGUGCAGAUCUCUGAGAGAAGUGUUACAUGUCAGCAACCAUGCUACAACAUUGUAUUAUUAUUAUUAUUAUUAUUAUUAUUAUUAUUAUUAAUACUCCGCCCAUCUGGCUGGGUUUCCCCAGCCACCCUGGGUGGCUCCAACAGAAUAUUAAAAUCACAAUUAAACAUCAAACAUUAAAAACUUCCCUAAACAGAUCUGCCUUCAGAUGUCUUCUAAAAGUCAGAUAGUUGUUUAUUUCUUUGACAUCUGGUGGGAGGGCAUUCCACAGGGUGGGCACCACUACCAAGAAGGCCUUCUGCCUGGCUCCCUGUAAACUCACUUCUCGCAGUGAGAGAACCGCCAGAAGGCCCUCGGCACUGGACCUCAGUGUCCGGGCUGAACGAUGGGGGUGGAGACACUCCUUCAGGUAUACUGGGCCGUUUAGGGCUUGAAAGGUCAGCACCAACACUUUGAAUUGUGCUCGGAAACGUACUGGGAGCCAAUGUAGGUCUUUCAGGACCAGUGUUAUAUGGUCUCGGCGGCUGCUCCCAGUCACCAGUCUAGCUGCCGCAUUCUGCACUAACUGCAACUUCCAGGUCAAGCACAAAGGGAAACCCUACAAUACAAUGCAUUGCAGUAAUCCAAUCUUGGAGCCACCAGUGCCUGAACAGCUGUGGUCAAGCUCUCCUGGUCCAUUCUGGAAGAAUGGCCGACAUAUUUAUUAAUAGCUGUGGCUAGCAAACAAGCUCCCCCCCUCCUCCGGCCUGCCUUGCCCACCAAAACUAACAAUCCACUUCUGUUUCACUUGACAUUUUAGCCUGUCCCCAAAUGCAGCCCCAAACUGCACUGAACUCUCCAGGUGAACGCAGAGCACAUGGUGAUGCUUUAUAUAACAACUGAAAAUCGUGCUUGCUUUCUGAGGCCCAUUUCCCUUAUUACAAAUGUUUGCACCUUCUUCUUUAUUUAGUAUACACUGCUUAAGUUUCUCUAGACUGGCGGUGGGGAAUGUGCUGUCCUCCAAAUGUUGUUGGAUUCCAACUCCUGUGAGCCCCAGCUAGCUUUGCUCAUGGCGGGGGGGGGAUUGUGGUCCUUUGGCACCUGGAGGGCCACAUGCCCCCCACUUCUGCCCUGGGCAGGAAGGAUUGCCUAUAAAAUAUGGAAAUUCAGAAAUGCAUGCCACUGAAUUAGGAGCAAGAGGAAGAAAAGGAAGCAGGCAGCUAAUCUGCUCUUGAAGCUGCUCUCCGCCACUAUUACAAAAUCUGUGUCACUCACUUAGCACUCAAUUUCAAUUAGAUGUAAUCAGGGCACCUCUCUAUGCAUUUGAUUUUCUGUAAUGGAGUGAUUAGGAGGAUCCAGACUAAACACCAGCAGUGCAACAGUGUCCUCUGAAGCUGUGCUUUUCAGGGUGGGUAGCAUGUGCUGUAGACAUCAGGCGGUUUUUGCAAGGCAUUCUCUCAAGUUUGCAGUCGUACGGGCACUUACUUGCAGGUAAAUGCCACUCAGCUCAGCUGGCGCUUCCGAGUAAGCAUGCAUAGGAUGCAGAAGAUCACCCUCUUCUUAUCCUGAAUUGUUUGAUCCUGCUCCUAGGUUUAUUGCCAAGGUAGGGACCCCCCUUUUUUCAGCCCAAGGGCCCUCCCAUGAAACCUUCUGAGGGCCACAUUCCAGUGGUGGGCAGGACCAGAAGCCAAAGUGGGUGGAACAAUAAAUAUGAAUUUUAUUUUUGCACAGCAGGUUAGUUGCUGCAGCCACACAUGCACCUGUCUGUCCUCCAGCCAGGCAAUCAAGGAGCGUUAUCAGAGUUCAAGGACACAUUUUAGCCCUGCAAAAGCUAUCAAGGAGGGUGGGAAGCAGGGCCAAAUAGGGGGGUGACCUGGGGAGAAUAGGUGUGGCUAGGAAGAGUCUCAAGGGUCAGAGAGAAAGGCCAGGGAGGGCCGCACCCAGACCUGAAGUUCUCAACCCUUGGUUUAAAGUCUGAAACUUAUUUUUGUAGCCUGAGCUGGGAUUUUUUAUUUUAAUGACAUUUGCGCUGAUUCUAUUGUAACCAUCUAUUCUUCAAUGAUACGUAAUUUUAACUUCGUGUAAUCCAUUUUGAGCUGGUUCUGCUUAAAAAAAGGGGGGGGGGUUAAGCAAGACAGAACGUUUUUAGUUGAUAAAAUAAUUAUGCGCUCUGCUUUUUUCAGAUGUACCUCCAUGAGGGGACUGUCGCAGUGGGUGGGACUUUGGCAUACGUGUCUCAGCAGGCAUGGAUAUUUCACGGGAGCGUCAGAGACAACGUUCUUUUUGGAGAAGCAUACGAUGAGCAGAAGUAAAUAUUAAAUUAGACAAGAGGAUAAUGAGGUUGUCACCGUGUGUGUGUGUGUGUGUGUGUGUGUGUGUGCACCUGCCUCAGAAACAUUGCAGGUUCCUUCCUAAACAUUAGCUUUCUCUGGUCAUUUUAUGUGAAGUGUGCAGGCAGGUUUCUACCCAACAUAUUACUAAAGAGCAAUACAAGUUAAAUAACUAUAAGGCUGCGAUCUUAUGGUGCGUCGCAGCUCAUUCUAGGCGGCCACAUGUUUAUUUGGGGAUCUUCUUCUCCCAAGGAGCAGGGAGAGGCACCCACCCUUAGAAAGGUCAACCUGACUUUGUCAGCCAGGGGGUCACAAUUUUUUUUGCAGCCCAUGGGCUCACUUGGAAUUUUGAGGAAGUGGCUGCCCCAUGUGUGGCAUGGCAUAAAAUGGCUUCCCCGUCUAAAAGAGCGAAAGGAGAGGCAGAGCCACAGAAUGGGGUGGAUACACCAGCCAUCAAAAUGUGGUAAAGGCACCUACCUCAGCCACUGUUGCCAUCAUCCAUGGAGAGAAAGUCUUUGCACCUUUCCUUUGUUCAGAACAGGCAGCAGGCCUGAAGGAGGCCUCUGUGGACAUUUUGUGACUGGUGGCCAGGGAUUGACUUCAGAAGCACCCUGGAAGGCCCAUUCCCUCACAGGCUUUUAAACUCAGGGGGAGAAUUCCACCUCACACAUCAGUGGAUUUUGGGGAAGUGUGGGGUUUGUGUGUUCAUACCAGAGAAAGACUGCUUCUAUAGUUCUUAGUCUGGUUUGUCUUCUCAGCUGGGUGCUUCUCAUUCCAGCGAUCCAACAUAGCGGUCCUCAUGUUUCAGUUAUCCCCCCCCCCCAUUUGUAUUGUCGUGUGGCGUGUGUCAGAUUCCAACUGCCAUGGGUUGUGCUUUGAAAGUGUAGAAUAAGAGGGAAAUAAUAAUAAUAACGAUUCGUAUCUCUGAAUGUGUUACGUCUGCCACUGGCUCACCAACAGAGGCAUCCCUCAAAAAUCAAAAACAGCAGCUAAUGAGACAUGGCAUUGCUAAUUAGUGUCAUUUCAGUCUAUGCAUAUUGCUUUUUAAUUUGGGGAGAUUAAUUAAAGCCAGCUUUAUAAACGGAGCAAACUGCCUUGUGGUGAGUGACACCCAUCCAUCUAGCCCAGGGGGAGGCAACUUUUCUUCCUCACCCCACUAUCGAUGGCCACAUUUCACCCAGCAUUGUCUUAUCAGGAGUUCCAGGCACCCAGAGCACCUUCAGCACCUUGGAGAGCUCCUAGGUUUCUGCUGAGCUAGCUUUGCAAGUUGUUGUCUCAGCAAGUGCCCAGCUCCAACUGAAGCCUUAUAUAGGCUGGCUGGACCAUAAAGCAGCAAGUGUUGCUUACUGCUGCAAUUCUAACCCCACUGACCUCAGAGCAUGUCCCAUUGAAUCCAGCAUACUUCUGAGUAGACAUGGUUAGGAUAGCCUUAAUCUAUUUUAUACAUUAAAACCCAGAGCAGAAUAGCAACGAGGGAGACAGACUUCAAACCAAGCUAAAAGCUAGCCAAUUUACAGUUCAUCUAAAGUUGAAGAGAUGGGUCAAUGUCUGGUUCCACAAUUGGGGUGCCACCCUGACCAUUUGGGCCUCUGCAAGGGGCAGGGUGCUUGGCAGGACUUCUGAUGCUGUGGGAAAUGGGUGAGCAGAGCAAAUGGGAGGUGGUGGUCCUUCAACUAUCCUGAUCCCAUACUACUUAGAGCAGUGCAGGUAAAAACCAGAGGAAGAGCCAUAGCUCAGUGGUAAGGCAUCUGUCUUGCAUACAGAAGGUCCCAAGUUCAAGCCCUGGCAUCUCCAGGUAAGCUUGAGAAUGUCUCCUGUCUGAAAUCCUGGAGAGCCCCUACCAUUCCAUAUAGACAUGAUGGAGCUAAAUUGACCUAAGGUGGCUUCCAACAUUAUGUUAGUUCCACUUUGAAUUUUGCCUGGGAGCGAACUGAAAGCCAGCGUGCUAUUAGUGAUUUUUAUGUAUUAGUAUAUACUUAGUUCAUAUCUACAAAACUAGCACAGGGUCUCUUGCUUGGAAAGAAAUAGUGAUUUGCAAGAGUCUGAAUGCUCCAUUUUUUUAAAAGGUACAAUUAUGCCAUUGAAGUCUGCAGCCUGAAGUCAGAUAUGGACCUUCUUCCAUACGGAGAUAUGACUGAAGUAAGUGUCUCAAUACAAGCUGCAUUUAACUUGGCCAUUCAGCACAUGCUAUCGAGCGCCAUUUUCUGACAAAUGCCCUCCUGUAAGGGCUUUAAUUCAUAGUGAAACAGCUUUCCUAUUCUUACCCUAUCCAUCAAGGCAUUGUCAAAUUAAUCUUGCCAAGUCCCUUUUGAUUUCACGGGCUGGGGCUGGGGGCUGGGGAGGUGCAUGAAAGCACACAAGGGCAACAAUCAAUCUAGCCUCAGUGUACACUUCCUGACAUGUACAAUAAAUUGCUAUGUGGAUUAGAUGUCCCUUACGGGGAGUGCCAGGGUGGCAACCGUGGCACACAUCUGCCUGCAGAGGCCUUCUCUAGUCCACUCCUGCUGUUGAAUGAAGCAUUUUGUUGUAGCCAGUAGAAUAGGUUGCUCUCUGUGUGUGUUUUCCCACAACAGUUUCUCUGGUUUGCAAAUUGGCCCGUAGGCCCAAAAUGCUCAGUGACCACUUGUGACGUGUUACUCAGCCUGUGUGACAUGACCAUCAGGACAUAAGAAUAUAAGAAGAUUCCCUACUGGAUCAGGCCAAUGGCCUGUUUAGUCCAGCAUCCUGUUUUCACAGUGGCCAGCCAGAUGCAUGUGGGAAACCCGCAAGCUGGAGCUGAGCGCAAAAGCACUUUCCCCUCCUGUGGUUUCCAGCAACUAGUAUGCAGAAGCAUUACUGCAUCCAGUUGUGGAAGCAGAGCAUAGCCAUUGAUAGCCUUGUUCUCCAUGAAUUAGUUUAGUCCUCUUUUUAGAGUCAUCCAAUUUGGUACUGAUCUCUGCCUCCUGUGUGAGCAAGUUCCAUAGUUUAACUAUUUUCAGGUAGGUAGCCGUGUUGGUCUGACGAAGUCGAAAUUAAACAAAAACAAAAACAAUGUCCAGUAGCACCUUAGAGACCAGCUAAGUUUGUUCUGGGUAUAAGCUUUCGCAUGCAUGCACACUUCAGUUUAACUAUGUGUUGCAUGAAGGAAAACUUCCUUUUAUUUGUCUUGAAUCUUCCAGCAUUCAUCUUCUUUCCUUAGGCCCUUCUAGUGUUAUGGGGGAGGGGAACCAACCACUUCUCUACUCACUUUCUCCAUGCCAUACUUAAUUUUAUUUAAAAAAUUCAUGACUCCACUUACCUUAUCUGCAAACUAAAACAAACAAACCCAAUACUACAACCUGUCCUAAGACUUGUUAGCUAGCAACCCACGGUGUGGGUGGGUCCCUUUCUUUCCACCUUUCAAGGCAGCCUUAUGAUUGAAGAUGAGACUCUAAUUUGUCUCGGGGCCAAGACACCCUUUGCAUGUUUUGUCUUGGACAAUUUAACAGGAGCAGAAUAGGGAAGCUCUGUCUGGAUCUGUUUUAUUUUUUAAGCACCUCACCUAAUUUUCAAAAGAGCCACAAAAGCAGCAAAUGAAAAUCUCAGGGUCUUCCUGUUUCAUUUCCAUCUGGGUUGCUCUGUAUUUCCCUGUGACUGAUUACAAUGAAAGCAGGUCCAUAUUUAGGGAAGGGGGUAGGGGUUUGGGAGGAUAGAAACACUACAAUAAUGGAUUUUGGCACUGUGUCCCCCACAGGCCACCUUGUCAGUGUAAAUUUAUAUUAAGGGCGCUCUCUACCUGGGAUUAUUAUUAUGUGUAAUCUAGCUCGGAACUCAAUCGCAUUUGAGCUAUUUCUGUACUGCCGUGGCAGAUAUUUGAAAAAGACACAAGGUGCCUCAUUGGAGUGUGUGUCUGCAGAUCUGUCCAAGUGUCUCACAUGGGACAUAUCCCCAGAAGAAUAAUCUGGAGAAGCACACAUGCAAACUCCCUUUAUAGACAUCCCCCUAUAAAUAGAUCUCCUCUUCCAUCUGAGCUGCUAUUCGCUGCAGAAAUGUAGAGGUAUAAGAAUGUGUAUUUAUAUAGUUGCACACCACCCCAUUCUCCAAGCCAUGAAAGUCUCCAGGGGUUCCUGUGCUUCUCCAGGGUUCAGUUUCCUUGGAAUGAAGGUCAGUUGAGACUGGGUGGUGUUAGGACACACAUCUAUGCAACCUCUGCAUAGGAUGAAGGGGCUCACAGCAAUAAUACCCCACCAGACCUUGCUUCUCCAUUAGUCGCAGCUUUCUUCCAGCACAGAGCAAACAUGUCUCUGUGUCUCCAGCUUCCAGCCUGCGUCCAGCUCAGCUCACACAGACCACUCUAGCUGCUGUUCUCCUACCCAGCAGCUGCAAGGGACAGGGAGAGAGGGAGGCACAUCCAUUUGUUCUAUAGCACAGAGCAACUUAUUUGGUUAUGCUGAUUGCGGUGCUUAACUAGUCGGCCAAAGCCACUACGUAGGCAAAAUGGACUGGUUUGGCAAGCUUGCUCUUGCGUUAGCGGGCAGAAUGGUUUUAAUGUUGCGCAACAGAGGAAUCCAUUGCAGCAGUUGCUUUCAUGGAAGCAUGUUGCACAACACCCUGUGUAUUCCAUUGUGCAACAAAGUAACCAGCUAGCUUAUGCAUUCCCUUGUGCAACAGAGUUCCGUGGCUGCAAAACAGUUCCUAGCGGAAUAAGGAUGCUACUAAGGGACUUUAACUUAGCACUACGUUGGAUACAUAGGAGCCAACUCCUAGGGGCUGAGGUCCCUUCAGCCCCCUCUCAAUAAAAUAUUUGAGGGAGCCAGCCCCCCCUCCAGAUAAUGGGCAUUGCCAUCAAAUGGUGUUUUUAUGUGUCACAUCUUGUGAUUGAUUAUGCCUGGGGGGGGGGCCUUACCUGCCCUUCCAUAUUUUAUUCAAGUUGGCACCCCUGAUUGCAUACAACACAUUGUAUAUAUAUUGAAUACGGCAAUUCUUCCCUUUUAAAGAUAGGGGAAAGGGGGCUGAACCUUUCUGGAGGCCAGAAGCAGCGAAUCAGCUUAGCUCGUGCUGUGUACGCCAACAGGGACAUUUACUUAUUGGAUGAUCCCUUGUCAGCGGUUGAUGCACAUGUUGGCAAGUAUAUUUUUGAAGCAUGCAUCAAAGAAGCGCUCCGAGGGAAGACUAUCCUCCUCGUUACUCACCAGCUGCAGGUAAUGGAAAUGGAAGGGAAUGGGUUUCAAUAGCUUAGCAUAUGAAUUUGUUUUUAAGUCUUACAUAGGACAGACCCAGCGGCUGGAAGCUGCCUUAUAAGAGGUAGGCCAUUGGUCCAUCUAGCUCACUGCCCACAUCUCUCUGGGGUUUCAGGCAAGGUUGUCUCCCAGCCCUACCUGGAGACGCCAGGGAUUAAACCUGGGACCUUCUGCAUGCAAGGCAGAUGCUCUGUUUCGUUGUUUCAUUGUUACUCUCCUGCCGCCAGCUUAAUAAAAAUGAAAUAACAGCAAUACACCAGCAGGGGGCACAAGAGCCACAGCUCAAAGCUUAAGGGGCUCAGCUUUUAAAAAAAUAAAAUUCAGAAGAGAAGGAAAGGCAUUUCUUCUCAGUGAUGCUGGAAAUUUGCUGUUGCUUGACAUAGAUGGAGCCAUUCUACGCACAAAAUAUGUGUGCAGUUCAAGCUAAACACACCCUUAGACUUCCCCCCUUCAGUAAUAUUUAGUUCAUCUGCUUCAGACAGGUGUGGGAACAGGGCCGGCCCUAACAUUAGGAAGAGUCAGGCAGACACCACAGGUGGCACAUGCUGAGGAGUGAAAGUGCUGAAGGGACAGUGUUGUGUGCUACAUGUGUCCAGUCUCUGGUUGGACCACAACUUGCAUUUAUUCCAGAUCAUUGGCUGAGCAUACUGGGGAUGAUGGGAGUUGUAGCCCAACAGCUUCUGGGGCCUCAAAAUUGAGGAGUGUUGCCCUAAACUAGCCUCAGGUGCAAGUAGACAAUAUUGCCUCAUCACCUGCAUUGUUGAUAGUAAGGCCCCCAUCUGCACUGUACAUUUAAAGCAGUAUCAUAGCAUUUUAAAGAAUAAUGGCUGCUGAAUUUUCACGAUUUGAAUAGUGCAAACGGGUGCAGGAAUGUGGAGGACCAAAUUUAACACUGGAAAAACGAGAAAUGGAGGGAAACCAAAACUGACAGGUUCAUUCAUCCCUAGGCAGAACCCAGCAACAGCCUGCUGUCUCCUUGCAGUUUGCACCAAACUCAAAGUACUUUUCUACCUUUAUUGUUCCUGAAGCAUUGCAGUCUUUACACGUCUCUAACAACUUUGGGAGGGAGGGAGAAUCGGGACGCGCUCUCUUCCUUGCUUUGCCUGGUGCACAGAAUGUAGCAUUUUUUCUAUAAACUAUAAUUAUUAUCCUCAACAAGGGUGCACGACGGCAGAACAUUUGAUGUUUUCCGAACUACAAACUGAAACUUGUCUUUAUUCUGAAAAUGCAUUUUGCAGUGCGUUUUCCCUUCAGCUCAUUUCCCGCUUAACCAAUUUUCUUUCUCUCUCCCCCCCCACUCCCCAUUGCCUUUAAACACACACACACUCCAGUACUUAGAAUUUUGUGAUGAAAUCAUAUUGCUCGAAGGUGGAGGAAUAUGCGAGAGUGGUACCCACGCAGCGCUGAUGGCUGCGAAGGGGCGUUACGCUCAUCUCAUUGAAAACCUGCACUUGGAGGAAACGCCGGUGGGUUCCAGUCCUCAACGCUGACAUACCAGGGCAAACAACAAGAGCAAGCGGUUGUGUGCCAGCUUUUUACAGGGGCCAUCUUGCUGAUGUCUGUCAGUAACCAGAGGCUGGGUUUGCUGGGCCUUUAAAGGACUCAGGGAGGGAGGACAGGGCUGCCCAGAGAAACUAACCAUGAUGGCUACGCUCUGCUUCUGUGGUCAGAGACAGCAGGCCUUCUGAAUACCUGUUGCCGGAAACCACAGAAAGCUGGGGUCCUGCUCAUAGGCUUCCCAUUGGGGCAUGCGAAUGCCUGCUGUGAGAACAGAACACUGGGCUUUUGCCUGAUCCAGCUGGCUCUUUGUAUGUUGUUAUGACUCUUCUUCCUUAUAUACUUAACAGCUAGAAUAAGAGUGGGGGUCCUUUGUCCAGCCUGGGGGCCACAUUCCCAUGGGGGAAUCUUCCAAGGGCCAAUGCUAGUGGUGGACAAGGUCCGGUGGGGGGAAAACGCAGAGCAAUGGAUGUGACUCUUGCUUUUUGUAUAGCUACAUUUCAAUGGUCUCCCUCUUUCUUACACACACACACACACACACACACACACACACGGCCCUCUCCAUAUUCCAUGCAGGGAAGCAAGAGGCACGAUUAUAGUUCAAGAACACAUUUCUAGCCAGGAACUAUGAUAUAGAUUUGAGAUGCAAAGCAGGGCUAGUGCAGGGGGUGGCCUGGGGGGGAGUAAUGACCUGUCGGGAGAGGGGAACGCUUGGUACCUGGGCCUGAGUUUUCCCCAUCCCUGAUAGAGCCAUCAUUUGUUAUUUCAAAUGCCUAAUUGGACCUUCUUCAGGAGAGGGCAGCUCAUCAUAAUAAAACAACAACACAAAAACAGUUUAAUGCACUAUAAUGCCCUGCAGACAACAAAAUGAGUCGCAUAAGAACUCCAGGAGACUAUUGUCCAAAAGUCUAGACAAUUUAAAAAUAAUAAUAAUAUUGGCAUGUGUGUGGACUGUCUGAUUUCCCUGGGGAGGGAGUUAACAACCAUGUCCUGUAGCCAUUGAUAGCCUUCUCCUGCAUGGACUUGUCUAAUCUCCUUUAAAAGUCACCCACACUGUUGACCAUCACUGCCUACUGUGGGAGCGAGUUCCAUAGUUUAACUCUGUGUGCUUCCCUUUGCCUGUCUUGAAUCUUCCAACAUUCAGCUUCAUUCAGACACGGUGGUGGAUGUAUGUGUGGAAGAGGAUCAGGAGGACGUCCCUGAAAUCUCUUACAUAGGAACCGAAAAUCCCGGUGAGAUCAUUUAGUAUCGUAAUCUUCUUUUCAAAAUGGCUUUGACUGCUCACCUGACAGUUCUCUCGCAUCCCCCCCCAGCUUUUCACAUUUCUGAUGAGAUGAACCAGGAAUCCAGGAGCGACCACAAAAUGAGAAGAGACACAGGUACUUUGUGCAAUCUCUUGCUAAUUGGUUUAAAUCGAUUAGAAAUUUAAAUGGGUAUCGCUGUAAUGCUUGGGGGGGGGGCUUGAGCUGGGGGUGGUGGUUCCUAUGCACCCAAAAGCUUUCAAGGGGUCUGGAACUGUCAGGAUUCGGUUUACAUGGAUGGCUACAUGUGUGCUAUACAUGCGAAGGCCACAUCACUACAGAGUCUAGUCCUGUGCAUGGCAUGUAGGAAGCUGCAUUAUACUGACCUUUUUUCCAUGCCACGGAUUUCAGAAAGGAGCAUGUACCUGCUUUGCUUUGCCCUGGACUUUUAAGUUCAGUGCAGGAUCCUUUUCUUCCUGCUCCUCCUCAUUAUUGUUACAGAAUCACAGAGUUGGAAAUAACCACAAGGGUCAUCUAGUCCAACCCCCCCCCAAAUGCAGGAAUCUUUUUGCCCAGCGUGGGACUUGAACCCAUAACCUUGAGAUUAAGAGUCUCAUGCUCUACCAACUGAGCUAUCCCAGGUUAAUUUGAUUUGUUUCCUGCCCUUCGCCAUUACGUUCCAGAGCAAGCAGCAGCCAUUUGAAAUUCAGUGCUGAAAACAGUUUAAAACCAGUUGCAGUCUCAGGAAUAGGGUGGGUCCUAAUAUAUAUAAAUACGCUACUGGUGUCAAAGGUCGGGGUGAAGAGGUGUGCCUUUAGCAUAUAACUGCAGCUGUAUAAUGAAGGUUCCAGGUGCACCUCUGUGGACACGGAAUUUCACAACCUAGGACUUGCCACAGAGAAUGCCCUUUCCCAGGUUGCCUGCCCCCAAACGUCUGAGGGCAGUGGAGAGAGCUCCCUCUGCUGAUCUUAACCCCCAAGAGGGUAUGCAGAGAAUGGGGCGGUCUAUCUGAUGUUUGAGACCUUAAUCAUUUAGGGAUGGGAGUUAAGCAAAGUUUUGGCCUAGCGUGUUGCCUGAACUAAGGGUUGUGGUGAUGGCUUCUCUUCCUUAACUACAAGCUUCUAGAUUUGGGUAAGUAGCCGUGUUGGUCUGACGCAGUCGAAAUAUAUAUAUAAAUAAGAAAAUUGUCCGGUAGCACCUUAGAGACCAACUAAGUUUGUUCUUGGAUAAGCUUUUGUGUGCAUGCACACGAAAGCUUAUACCAAGAACAAACUUAAUUGUUCUCUAAGAGUCUACUGGACAAUUGUUUUUAUUAUAUAUAUAUAUAUAUUAACUAUAAGCUGUAAGCCUACAGCAAACCUUGGGCUACACAGGCAAAUGAUCUGGCUUGGUGUAAGGCAAGUCCUUCUGUUGAAUGUUCAGCCUGCGUCCUUGAUUCUCCAUCCUCCAACUUUUACUGCUUGGAGAGACUGGAAAAUAUGGCUCAUCUCUUAUACUCAAUGUAUUUCUUCCCCUAAAACAUUCUCAGACAAAAAGUGUGCUGAAGAUGUUUUUUAUGCUGAACAAAAGUUAUGGGAACGCUGUAAAAACUUCAGAAUGAAAAAAAUUAAUUGACAGCGAUGUCCCUGUUUCACAUGAACAGCUUUGUAACAAAACCAUGCUGGAGUGAAAAAGAGAAACUGAUCCCUUUGCUGAAUGUUUCCCUUUCUCCUUUUUUGGGAAAAAAAAAGCUGGGUAAAAAUAAGGGUAUCUUGGAGCAAAAAACACCAUGGUGGUUGUCACCUAUGGAGGCCAUGAGUGUAAAAAAGGUUAACAUGGGAAAUGAUUGGGCAACAUAAAAGGAAAUCCUGUGUGAGGAAGAUAACCAACUGAAACUUAAGAACUUUGACAAGGUAAAAAAAUAAGCUGUCAAGCUGGCUAGAAUACCACCAAGUAUAUGAGUUAUUUAAACAAGACAAAAAGAGGGGUUUUGGGAAAGAGCAUUCAAGAUUUCAGCAAGAUCUAUUAUAUAUCAACCAGAAAACCCUAUCUAAAAUGUAUAAAAUUUUAUUAGAGUGGUCGGUAAAGGAUGAGGAGGUGAAGGCAGUUAUGGUGGAGUUGGCAGUGGACCUAGGAUGCAAUAUACACCUGUCAGAAUGGGCAAAAUUAUGAAAGGAAUACCUUAAGUUCACAGUCUGUUAUACAAUUAAGGAAAACUAUAUGAAGGUUUUCUAUACAGUGGUGCCUCGCAAGAUGAAAUUAAUUCGUUCCACGAGUUUUGUCGUCUUGCGAUUUUUUUCGUCUUGCGAAGCACGGUGUCGGGAAAGUUUUGGAAAAGCUUCAAAAAUCACCAAAGUCUUUAAAAACCUCAAAAAAGGCUACCACACCACGUUCUAUGAGUUGCUCCUCAAAGUCAAGUCGCAACUGUAUUAACGGUGUUAAGAAAAGGAAACAAACUUGCAAGACGUUUCCGUCUUGCGAAGCAAGCCCAUAGGGAAAAUCGUCUUGCGAAGCAGCUCAAAAAACAAAAAACCCUUUCGUCUAGCGAGUUUUUUGUCUUGCGAGGCAUUCGUCUUGCGAGGUACCACUGUAGAUGGUAUCUAACACCAAGCAGACUUGCCUUUAACAAAUUAAAAAGGAUGUUUAAAAUCUCUCUCACACACAUCCAAACCAGAAGCAUUUCUAUUAGGGAUUGUGGGAAAUGAGAUUCCAAAAGAUUUAAAGAAAGUAUUCAUGUACGCCAACACCGCAGCAAGGGUUAUGAUUGCACAGAACUGGAAAAGGGAAUGUUUACUGACCAAAAAAGAUUGGUUGACCAAAUUAAUGGAGUAUGCGGAGAUGGACAUGUUGACUGCGCAGAUAAGAGAUCAAACAAAACGAAAAUUUUAAAAAGAUUGGAACAUAUUCAAAUAAUAUUUGAAAGACUAUUAUGGGGCAAUUGAAAUUUUGACUGGUUUAGAAUUACUUCUGUAAGAAAAAAAAUACUAAAAUAUAGUGGAAAAACAGGAAAACAAACUCAUAGACAUGUUAAGAGAGGCAUUCAAAUAAAUGAAACAGAGGACCCAAGUAAGAAGGGGAGGGAAGUCAAAUAUAAAAGGAAUAUGAAUGAAUCAAGCAAUUACCGGUAAGUGCAAUUUUUUGUUUUUGUUAUUAUUAUUUAGAAAUACACGAUUAGCCAUAGGAGAACUGAGAUGUUAUAACGUGAUUCUACGAAUGUAAAUUAAAAGAAACCAAUAAAGGUGAUUUGCAAAAAAGAAAAAGAGAAAGAGAAACUGGUCCCUUUGCUGAAUGUUUUCAUUUUUCAUUUUUCUUUUUUGAAAAAAAAAAGCUUUAUAUUUGAUCAGAAAGGAGAACAAGCACAUCAAUAAGCUUUUGCAUUCAAAGGCUGGGGAAUAUUGAUCACUUUCCCGUCAAAUCAAUGCCCUUUUGCUUUUUAAUUCCAGUCACGGAUUCCAAUUCAUUCGACAGCCAUUAGGAAAACAGAGGUAGCAUUUACCAUAAGGUUUCAUCUGGGGGAACCUGGCAGUAAGAGAGCAUUUCGCUGAGGCUCCUGUGAAGCCUCAAAUGUUUAUUUUAGUUGAUAGACUCGAGUGACGUCCAAUUUUACUUAAAAUGCAUGAGAUUUGUCAGUGCUGGAUAACAUUACAGCGUGAAUAAAUGCUCGAUGGUUUCCGCUCCAGCUCCUGCAAAUCAACUCGUUCAGAAAGAGGAGAAGCAAGAAGGCUCUGUUAGAUGGAAAACCUACCACGCUUACAUUAAGGCAUCUGGAGGUAUAUCCUGCAACAAGCUUCUUUCCCCCCAAAGAGAACCCUUAUUUUGUUAUUGUAGAUUUCUGCUAAAAUGGAACCUCUUAUAGUAUGUAAAUAUGUAAAUGGCGAACUACUCAGGAAUCAACCCUGCCCAGAAAAUUCACUCUUGAUUUUAUGUAUAUGUUGGGACUGGCUCCCUAACUACUAAGCACUGAGGGCAAUGUACUCAGCACAUGCUCAGAGGCUACUGAGAAUAUCUCCUGUACAAAUUGGUACAGACUUCUAUGUCCCCCUCCCCAAGAAUCCUGGGAACUAUAGUUGAUAAGAGUGCAAUACAUGGUCUGUUAAUGAUCCAUAGCCCCCCCUUCCUCUCCUAGAGAACUACAGUUCCCAAGGUUCCCUGGAAGACAGAAUUACCAUGUGAAGACAAUUAGGUUGGCAGACACAUGGAAUAAACCCCUCUUGAUGGUUGCUGCACAGUUGUGAAAUUCGGUGCAAAAUCAGAAAGCCCUGUCCCCCCAGUAUCAGCAAAUGAGUUUUAAAGAUCCAUUGUUCUUUUUUUGCUGUGGCUUUCAGCGACUAAUUAUAAACCGAGCUUCAGAAGUGGUGCUGUUGUCUGGUUUUAGAAUAUCUGAGUUUAUGUUGUGUUUUUGUGUGUGCGCGCGCGCUGGCCUUUAAGUAGACAUGGAUGCUUUAAAUGGUUUUACACAUCUGGGGGACAGAGCUAGCAUGAAAGUAGUUCUGCCUGUCGUGGGCCCUGGCUCCACUUAACCCUGGGUCACCCUGCCUUCCCCUCCAUCAGUCUCAAUGGGCACCAGCUCCUCCUGUCCCUUUUUUAAGGAAAUGUGCAGCAAAUUCCCAUGCAUUUUUCAAGUUUCACUGACGUUCGUGGGACUUUGCACCUCAGGAAAAUGCCUAUCUGAUUUCAGCCCUAAAUGGGCACUCAUCAGUGCAUUGUGUUCACCCAUUCCCUGUUUACUAACCUGGCCCGAUGGUCCCUUCUUAGGAUUCAUCCUGUGGUUCUUCAUUGUGCUUCUCUUUGUUCUGAUGAUCAGUUGUUCAGCCUUCAGCAACUGGUGGUUGAGUUACUGGUUAAGGCAGGGCUUACGGGUAAGCACACCUUUCAGCAUUAUACUGUGUUUUAUUUGUAUACAUUUAUCUAUUACAUAAGGGACGCGGGUAGCGCUGUGGGCUAAACCAAAGAGCCUAGGGCUUGCCGAUCAGAAGGUCAGCGGCUCAAGUCCCCGCGACGGGGUGAGCUCCCGUUGCUCAGUCCCUUCUCCUGCCAACCUAGCAGUUCAAAAGCACAUCAAAGUGCAAGUAGAUAAGUAGGUACCACUCUGGCGGGAAGGUAAAUGGCGUUUCCGUGCGCUGCUCUGGUUUGCCAGAAGCGGCUUAGUCAUGCUGACCACAUGACCCGGAAGCUGUACGCCGGCUCCCUUGGCCAAUAAAGCAAGAUGAGCGCCACAACCCCAGAGUCGGUCACGACUGUACCUAAUGGUCAGGAGUCCCUUUACUCUUUACCUAUUUAUUACAUAUAAAGCCCACCUUUCCUUCAAAGAGCACAAGGUGGCAAAAACAGUUCUCCUCCCUGUUUUGUCCUCACAACAACUCUGUGAGGUUGGUUAGGCUAAGAGGUGGUGAUAGAUCCCAAGUCAUCCAGUCGGCUUCAUGGCCUGCAGGGAUUUGAACCUUUGUCUUCCACUUUAAAUUAUCUACAGUUUAGUGUUACACACAAACCAUAAACUGCGGUUCAUCUUAACUACAGUUUCUUGAAACAAGCCAGCUUCUUAAACUGUGGCUUGGAGUUGCUUUGUUUAAGCAAACCACAGCUAUGAUUCAUCAUGGCCUGUUGGGUUCGGACAACCUGUGGUUAAUCUAAAAUGAAAAUGGAAGUUUUCAAAGUCCUUCCUUUGGCUAUGCUGCAGAGGAAGUGAGUGAGCCCAAGUUUGUUCUUGUUGUGCUAAACUAUUAUAUAGACAUUAUGUCUGAACUGGUCCGAUCUCAAACUACGCAUAGAAAUAGGAAUGUAUAUUUUAAUGGAAGUGCCGCCCAAGUUUACACAAAGAAUACGAAGAGGGUUAUAUCGGUAAGCAGGGUUCCUACUCUGCCAUAUAUUUUAAAUGUAUACUGCAAAACUGUUGGGUUUUGUUUCGUUUGGCGAUAUCACUAACUUUCCCAAUGGAGUCUUAUCUCAUUAUAUAGUCCAGAUAAUUGCCCCUUGUUCCUGUGUCUCAAUUUGUCAUUAUUUUAGAGAGAGAAAAGUAAUCUGCUCUCAAUUACAGUUUUCUUUGAAAAUCCAUUCCUUAAAGGCAAACUACAGCUUCUACCAACUCAUCUAUGGAAUGAGCAUCGUUUCCAUGAUUAUCCUGAGCUUCAUCAAAGGCUUUGUUUUCACUAAGACAACAUUGCGGGCGUCAUCGAGACUACACGACACCAUGUUUCACAAGGUAUUGCAAAUCUCCAGCUGGCAAACAGGGUUGUUGCAUAUUUAACAAGCUGGCUUGAUUUUUAUCGUCCAAUUAUGUGCUGUCAGAAAGUCACGGGUCACUCUUUUUACCUAGAAAUUAUGAAAGGUGUGCUUUCAGAACAGCACCACAUUUUAGCAUGCAACCCAAAAGCGGAGAAAAACCGACAAAUAGGUGGCAAAUGGCAAGCCUGGAUUUUGGCAGUAUUGAGGGUCAGCCUGAAACUGCAAUUUUUCACAGAGCUUGGGGUCUUGAACUGGCGUACAUGUAGACCCCACCACUACCACCACCCCUGGAGUACAAAGAAGACCCCACCACUACCACCACCCCAGCCGCCAAACAAAAACAGCAGCCCAGCGCUGUAUUCACACCACAGCUCACAUUAAGGUGGCACAGAUCUGUGACCCCAAACACCGAGUGCCACAAAAGACAUGUCUACCAUCUCACUUUGUUGCUGUCAUUUUACCGCACCCUCCCCUUUUAUCCGCAGAUCUUAUGGAGCCCAAUGAGUUUCUUUGAUACGACUCCCACUGGCAGAGUAAUGAACCGCUUCUCUAAAGAUAUGGACGAACUGGACGUGCGGCUUCCGUUUCAUGCCGAAAUGUUUCUGCAGCAGCUUUUCAUGGUCCUCUCCAUCAUUGUCAUCGUUGCCAUUGUGUUUCCUUACCUCCUAAUUGGAAUCGCUGUCCUAAUGAUUCUUUUCAUUCUACUCUUCCAGUAAGUUGGAUGUACCCCCGGGCCCCCCGCCGGUAUGUGGUUGUUUUUCCUACCCCAGAAUUUCUUUUGAAAAUAACAACCACCCUGCAGUGUGUAUUUGACCUGUGUGCUCAUUCUGCCCCUUACAAGAUAAGGGGACCCACUGGUCUCUAAUUCCACCCUCCCCUCCUGUCAGUUUGUAGUCCCCCCUUCCUUUCCAGAACACAGUCUCUAAGGGACAGAUUCCAUUUUGGGCUCCUCUAAUUCCCCAAAUAUCCCCUUUAUCCCAACUACAAUGGUACCUUGGUUCUCAAACACCUUGGCUUCCUGAAUACCGAAAACCUGGAAGUAAGUGUUCAAGUUUGCGAACUUUUCUUCGGAAGUCUGAUGCAGCUGUCGGCUAUUGUUUCUGGGGCACCUGCACCAAUCAGAAGCUGUGCCUUGGUUUUCAAACAUUUCGGAAGUCAAAUGGACUUCUGGAAAGGAUUAAGUCUGGAGCUUUUGUUUUUGCUAUUUAUUUUGCGUUUUUGUUUUUGAGGCUUUUUCAGUUAAUUUGUUUUUGUGAUUUUGUGGAACCCAGUUCAGCUACUGAUUGGUUGAUUGUGUGACUGUGGAAAUGGAUAAAAGCCCCCCCAUCCAAAUAAUGGCUAUCAUUAGUGCAGAUAAGAAUUGUUUUUUAAAAAAAUUAACAUCUAAAAUACUGUCUUAUUUAUUUUAUAGCACAGUACAUUGAUUAUUGCUUUCAUUUUAUGGAUCAGUGGUCUCGUUAGAUAGCAAAAUUGAUGUUAAAUUGCUGUUUUAGGGGUUGUUUUUAAAAGUCUGGAAUGGAUUAAUUCAUUUUGCAUUACUUUCUAUGAAAAGCGUGCCUUGGUUUUGGAACGCUUUGGUUUUGGAAUGGGCUUCUGUAACGGAUUAAGUUUGAGAACCAAGAUACCACUGUAAUUGAACUUCUUUGGUGCUGAGGUCAGCAGAGUCAGCUCUCUUGGCAUUCCUGCCACCCACAGUGAGGAAUAACAGCCUGAGAGAGGCAUCCUCUGAAUUGUAGCAGUCCCUCCCCACAAAGGUGCCUCUAGCAUCUCCAUUCUGUAGCUUCCACUUUACUUGCUUAGCUUCUUGCAGUUCAGGUAUGCUUCAAAGACCCACCUUGGUCUGCUUUCUGUAACCCAUUGCGUGCUGCUUCCCUUUGGAAUCGUUUCCCUUGUUUUCACAAAUGCACAAUGCUAUUCUAACCCGCCCAGAGACCUUAUGUACAGGAUAAAUUCAUUAUCCUACAGAUAAUUAUCUUACAGAUAAUUAAAAUAGAUCUGGCCUAAGUCUACAAUCCUACACCCACUCUCCUGGAGAAAUCCCCAUGGAACCCAUGGCUGAUCCACACUUUAGCUUAACCUGUAUUUUGAUUCUAUUGUAUACUAAUUCAAUUCCCCUGGUUCCAAGAACUUCUCUCGUUGUUCCGCAGCGAUGCCUUGCAAAAAUCCCAGUGAACUGAAUCUCAGUUAAGCAGAAUCUCUCUUUCUGCAUAUCUGAUAGGAUCUGAUUUAGCGGAUAAGAUUGGAUUUCCGCAAGAAGAAAAGCUCUCAAACCCAGAGGAAUCAAAUAGUACACAAUAUGUUCAAAACAGGGGGUGAAGCCCAAGUGUGGAUGAGCCCUCUGUGGGACAUACUUUUGAGACAGGUCUGAGGUUGCACUGUAAGACUUCUCUUGGAGGUGGUGGCCAACUGCUUCAAGUUUGCAAAUCCAGAAUACUCAUUAGGAAUAUUCAUUAGGAAGGGAUUCCAAGUCCCCUUCCAAAGCCAGGAUCUAACUCUGUGCAAUCUUACCUGCAUUUUGCUGCAGGGUUUUCCAGAGCACCAUCCGAGAGCUCAAGCGAUUCGAAAACAUGAGCAAGUCUCCAUGGCUUUCCAUGAUCAUGUCCACUGUCCCAGGCCUUAGCACAAUCCACGCAUACAAUAAGAAGGAGAACUACAGCAUUCGGUAAGUUGCCUGGCCCCAAAGUCACAUUCUUUCUGUCUCGGUCCCUCGCAUGGGGCGGAUCAAGCUGUGUCGCUCUUCUUCUCUUGACCACCAAUCCUGCAUCUUUCCCACCUGCCGGGCCAUAGAUGAAGCCGCUCCAUAAGAACUGGCAUCCUGUGGCUUUUCAUUUGCGGGAAAUGACAAGCUGUGGGGAAGCUUUCCAGAUUACGUCACAAAUUCUUAGCAUUUUCUCGAAGAAAAUUGUUACAUGUGCGGCCAAGUGAUAACCUCAUUGGCACCCUUUAUAACCCCCCCCCACCCACGCAAAGCAUGAAGCUAUUGUCAAGACCUGGUUUUUAAAUCGCAAUUAUUCAACCCGUCCAUGAGUCUUCUUCCAGUUCCCUUGUAACCUGGAGUCUACCAGCAGAAGGAGGGCACCUAACCAUCCCAGUUUCCAAAACCUUUCUUCCCUGAGCUGGUGGAAUUUACAAAAUGGGCCCAAAGAGAAGAGAAGGUUUGGUGAUUACCUGUUCAAGAGGGCUUGCAAAAUCCUUACACCCAGAAGCUGGAGUGCAUGGGUUUGGAGGGCUCUCAGUCAAUGGCUAUCAAUGGCUACCAUCCAUGAUGGCUAUGUUCUACCUCCUGUGAUGGAGGCGGUUUGCCUCUGCAUAUCUGUUUCUGGGAAUAACAAAUAGGGAGAGUGCUGUUGAGCCCAGGCCCUGCCUGCAGGCUUUCCAUAGGCAUUCGCUUGGCCACUGUGAUACAGGAUGCUGCACCAGAUUAUUUACUGCAAUCCUUAAGACUAAAUUUCUGUUUAAUUAUUAUUUGCUGAUAUUUAAUUUUAUUGUGUGCUAUUAUGUUCUAAUAGAUUAAUGAAUAUUACUUUAUUUGAUAUAAGUUGUUUCUUUUAAAGUUAUGUUUUUAAUUAUGACAUUUUUGUAUUGGAUCAAAUGAAGGUGUGCAAUCUUGAUUUUUCUUCCGCUUGUAAACCACACUUUGUACGGUGAUAUAGAAAGGCGGCAUACAAAUUCAAAGUGAAAUGAAAUGAGACGGGAAGGGCUUUUGGGGGCUGAUCCGCAGGACUCCUAUUAUGUCCUUAUGUCUGUUCCUAUCCGCAAGAUGUUGUGGCCACAAACGUGGACAGAUUCAGAGGGGGAAUAAGACAAAUUCAUGGAGGAUAAAGUUUUCAGUGGCUGCUAUUCACAAUGCUUGUACACUGCCCCCAGUAUCAGAGGCAAUGUGCACCUGUUGCUGGGAUCGUGAGUGGAGGAGUAGUGUUGUGGUCACGUCCUGAUUAAGGGCUUCGCAUAGGCAUCUGGCUGGCUUUUGUGAGAGCAGGAUGUUGGACUAGAUGGGUAUUUGGCCUGUCCGGCAAGGCUUCUCCUAUGUUUAAGGCAGGGUUUGAAAUUGGUUUGCAAAACACAGUUUGCCCUUUGUUCUCUCUCUCUCUCUCUCUCUCUCUGGGGGAAAUGAUAAGAAAAAAUAAUAGAGAAUAAGACCCUCAAGUGCUACUAAUCCCAGUGGCUGCAUGCUAUUGUGCUCAUGUUCUGCGUGAACUGACUAGAGAAAGCUUUUAUUUCAUAAAAUUCACAUGCUGCUUGAUUAUUAUUAUGUUAAGAACCUCAAAGCGUUUUACAAAAAAGCUAAAACAACAAAAUUACCAAAAAGAAGAACUGAUGACAACGAUUUCAGGCUUCCGAAAAGCCAAAACAGCAGUAGACUAAAAACAGAUCCAAACUCAGGGCAGCUUUCUAAGUACUAUCCUUGGUUUUGGUUCCAGUUUUAGAAAGCUGAACGACGAGAGCUCCAGCCACUUCAUGCUGUUCAACUAUGCGCUGCGGUGGUUUGCGUUGAGGACGGACAUGCUCAUGACCGUCAUGACUUUGAUCGUCGCCCUCUUUGUCGUCCUCAGUCCUUCUUCCAUCAGCACUGCAGAAAAAGGCUUGGCUUUGUCUUACACUAUCCAGGUAAGUGAAUCACCCGGAUAACUCAAGCUUCAUUCCGACACACUCCAAAUCAGACCUGAAGUGGCCCAAUGCACCAUUGGGGGUGGGUGGGAAGGAUCUGUCUGUUUCAGUUUCUCCUUUUUCCAGCCUUGAGUUCAGUUCUCCAUGUUUCCCCAUUAGUUUGCAAUUAAUCUUUUUUUUAAAAAAAGUCCUCGUGAAUAUUCAUCAACAUUUUAAUGCAAAUUUCUCCUUUUAACAUAAACAUUUCCGUAUGUGUUUUUCGCCUAAUGUAUGCAGUUUUCCAAUCCAAUUUUCCCCUACCAUAGCGUGUUUUAUAUAUUUUUCCUCUAAUUUAUUUGUUUGUUUAUUUUAUUAUCAUUGAUUUAAUUGCCUUCUAAACAACUGUCUUGAGCCAAUUUGCCCACAAGAUUAUUUAAAAAACAUCUUAAAACAUCAAAUAAAUUUAAAACAAGACUGAAACCCUAACAAGUAGACACUCGUGGCAAAGACCCAUUUAUCUAGCUGGGAAAGCCUUUUGGAACAAAGUGUCACCAAUUGUUUCCCAAAAGUGCAGAUAGUGUCUGCAUUUAUGAUUCUUUUUGCACACUUUGCCCUAGUGUAUACAUUUCCCUACAUGUUCCUUGGCUGGACAACUGCGCUAAAAUUUUUGGAGAAGGGAUAGUUGUGUUUUGGUUUAUGCAUUGUUUUGGAAAGUGUGCAUUAGAAAGCUUUGCCUUUAAAUAAAUGCAAACAGAGGCCCACGUGGUAAGCCACCAUGAAAGAACCUGCCCUCCAACUGUACCGCUUUAAUAGGCACAGAACAUAUUUUCUUGCUGUAUUUGUAAGCCCAGCUGCUGGGACCCCGAUAUGCAAAGUGCAUCCUUCAAAUACAUCUGGUUGAGUUAGCUUUGCAAUCUAACCCCUUUUUGCUAAAGUCAAGCACGGAUUGAAAUGCUAAACACAUUGUUUUGGGGGAGCUAGUUUGUUGCUCUUCCAAAAUGUACAGAUUUGUGGUAUUCUUUUGCCAUGGUACUACAUGGGGCAAUUUGGGCCUCUGUGCAUUUUCUGGAGUUUUCGGCAGCUGUUAAAAGUGUGAAAAGGAGGCAUGUGUUAGCAAAAACACACAGGAGAUCCAUGCUGAAGGAGCUGCGGACAACUGGGGAUCCUGCCACAUGCCUGCUUACCGUUUGCCCUCCAGUGCUUUGAAAUGUGUCGCCGUUUCACUCUCUAUGGUGUCCACCCUGCCACAUAAAAUGGUGAAGUGGACCUGAGUCCAUGCAUUGGAAGAUACAAAUCUGAAGAUGGCGGAGAUUGGCCCAUUGGGGAAAAUAGGACACUGCCCCACCACUCUCCUCUUGGCUAGCCCCCUCAUGCCUGCCACCUUCUUCCAGCCACACCAGGGCCGCAGCUUCCUUCCCCUCAGUCUCAGCGUUGGCUUUGUAGAACUUGGAGGAGGACAUGGAUGAAACUUGAAUUACAGGCAACUCCCAAUUUACACAGGGGUUAUGUUCCGAGGCACCGCACAUUUAUAUGAGAUCUCUUACAUUUGAAACACCAUUAAAAAGUUUGCAGACACCCUCUAAACCUCUGGAAACCCUUGGGGAAACCCUUGGGAAAACCAGCAGCAUUUACCAGUCGUCAAACUCUGCCAAAUUCCAUCACAAUGGCUCCUUCCAAAUUUGCUUUACCAAACUCUCCACAAGCCUCAACAGUCAGUACAAGAGCUCCUGGAAUUGCACUUGCAAAGGCUUGUGGGAUUGUUAGGGGCUGUUUCCGCUCCUUUUUUUGCCCUGUCUAGCUCUUUUAAGGCCAUUUCUGCCAUUUGAAAAGCUUCCAGAUUCAGCAUGAUAAGAAGAAGAGAAGAAAAGUUUGGAUUUGAUAUCCCGCUUUAUCACAACCCUAAGGAGUCUCAAAGCGGCUAACAUUCUCCUUUCCCUGCCUCCCCCACAACAAACACUAUGUGAGGUGAGUGAGGCUGAGAGACUUCGGAGAAGUGUGACUAGCCCAAGGUCACCCAGCAGCUGCAUGUGGAGGAGCAGGGAAUCGAACCCGGUUCACCAUUACGAGUCAACUGCUCUUAACCACUACACCACACAAGUGGACGCAUGUAAAUUGGUUGUUGCCUAUAGUUGGCUUUGCCUGUCAUAGGCUUCUCUGGCUCCACCUACUGUUGGUCUCCCUUCCACUCCCCCCACCAGUCCCAAGAGGAAUCAGCCAUCACUAUCUGUAGAUAAAAAGCCUUCUUACUAAGGCACACCAUUGGUUCAUCUAGUCCAGUGUUGCUUUACUCUGACUGGCAGCAGUUCUUCAGAGACUCAAACAGAGGUCCUUUGCCACCUGAUCCUCUCUGAACCGGAGAUGCCAGGAUCUGAACCUGGGACUUUCUAAGUGCAAAGCAUGUGCUCAGUCACCGAACCUCAGCCCUUCCUCACAUGAUGUCAGUGGUCCAAAGUUUGUGGCAUCCAUAGAAGCAGUCGCAACAGUUGAGUGACUGAUGUGGUUAUUCCUGGAGCAAGUGAGAUCGGUGUCAGAAGUGAUCAGCCGACCCAAAUGAUUGAUUAUUAUGGAAUUAUCCGAGUAGCCUGGAAAACAGCCAAGGUGGGGGGUCCAUCUUCCACAACCCUCCAGAAAUUUGUGUGAACCGACCCUCAGGAAUGAAGGGCUGAGGAUGGGGGCUUCUUGGAAUGCCUGAAGUCAGUGACCUUCCAUUUUUUCCCCUUUUUUUAAAAAAGCCCCCCCCCCAGGUUCUACAAAACCUUUCCUUGGGGCAAAGAAAUGCAGUAGGAUAUUUCUGCUGUGAUUUUCAUCUUACAUGGCGAUCGAUAUGUUAUUUUCUUAAGUCAUCUUAAGCAUCCUAAUCGCGAAACACUCAUCAUAUGCUCCCCCACCCCUUUUCUCCGUCCUUAACCUUUACACUCUCAGACUAGUGAUGGAAAUACAUUUCCAGUUGUAAUGGAUCUCUCAGAGGCAACAAAUGGUUGCCUGUAUUUGUUGGCUUAACCUUUCCUCGUCCUGACUCAGAAACUCUGUUCCUGACAUUUAAGCUUCUAUACAGUGAAUGCAAGCAGCCAUCUGUUAUUAUCGCAGGAUUAAUGAUGUGUCGCUCACAUCUAUGCUUUAUGCACGUUAGCGCAUAGGGGGGAAAGGCAGAUUUAGCUUAAAGUGGUGCUGUUUUCCCUAAAGUGUGAGGCAUUUUUAUUUUUAUUUUGGUCAUGGUAAAUUGCAAGUCCCUUUAUUCAACUCACUUUCUGAGAGGACAGCUCUUUCCUGGGAGUCAGCAGAGCUGCCAGCAAAGCAUAGGCCCCUCAAGUCAAAUUGUGAACGAUAUAUAUAUAUACAUAUCUAGGCCUGUAGUUAGUCAUUCUCCACGGGCAGUUGUUAACUAGUUCUGAAAUGGCCUCGGGGGUUCAUUGUUCGAGAGUGUUGCUGCCAGGCCUGUGACUCACUCUCUUUUCCUUAGCCUCCUUUUCGCUUUGAAUAUUUCCUGCACUUUGCUUCACCCAGUAGCCAUCCAUGAAAGCAGAUGAAGAGGGGCAUCCCAGAAGUUGUAGACAGGGACGUAGGAAGGGGGGGAGUGGGGGCGACCCACCCCGAGUGUCAUCCCUGGGGGGGGGUGACAAAAUCCCCCCUGGGCGGAUUGCCGUGCUGCCCCCCUGGGCACCGAUCGUUCCCCUGGAUGCCAACUGCUGCGCCGACCACCCCCAAUGGGUGCUGAUCACCCCCCCAAGUGCCGAUUGCUGUGCCCGUCGCCCCCCUCAGCAGCUUGCCCUGCCUCCUGGGUGCAUGGUAUGUGUGCCACUCUGGGUGCCCGGGCGGUUAGCUCCACUGCUGGCUGUAGAGCCAAAUUUGGAUAAGCAACAGGUUGUGAGAUGAUGAGUAAACACACCUAUUUGGGAAUGAACCGACAUGAGCUGAUUGUCAGUAUUUUCAUCCCUCCCAUUGCAAGGAUCACCAGAUCAUGUUUGUUUUACUUUCUGUCUGAGAGAAAGGAGGCGGCAGAAACUACUCUUCCAGACUUUCAUCCCUAGUACAGUGUGGCUUUUUCUUUGAUCUGUCUAGAGACAAGAUGGCAGUAUGAGAGAGCUGUUCCUCUCAUACAUGUUUGUUAUUGAAAUAUACUCGGAGUUGAGAGUGGAUUUCAUGCUCUUUAUUCAGCUCAUAGUGGUAAGGAGGAAUGGAAGUUCCCUCGAAAUGUCUGCUUUAUAUACAUUAUUUACACAAUGGGCCCCACGUGAUUGGCUAAUUCCGGGAUUCUCCUGUAGGCCAAUCAGGUUGCGGAUUCACUUCUACCUUGAGCUGGAUUGGGUGGCUCCUGUGGACCAAUCAGACUGCUGCAUUCUGGAUCCUAUUGUUCUAGGACCAAUCAGACUGCUGCAUUUUGGAUCCUAUUCAACUCAGUACAUAACAGUUAUGUUCUUUUAUUUGUUUAAUUAGAAGAAAUAAAUUAGGUAUGCAGCAAAACCUCCACAGCUUUGCUUCCGUUACUCUGCUGUUUUGAGGUGCUCACAUGAGCAAAUGUGAGUCCACUGCACCAGGACCUAUUCCUCGGGAAUGCUGUGCUGCUGUUCCUACGUUCCUGUGAUCGGAAGGUCAGAGAAGGUGCUCCCGACACCCAGCCCAUGCAGGCGCUGAAGACGUGGGCUGUACAUGGGUGUACGGAAACUGAUCCCAUAUGUCAUGGACCGGUUGGACACAGAAGAAUGGUGGGAGGAGCCAGCUGGGGAACCUCCACAAGGGAAGAAGGCCCAGAGCCUGGGAAUUGGUGGUGGGACAACAAUGAGUGGUCAGAGGAAGGGGAAGGAGAAGACAAGGAGGAGUUGUUGGAAGCUGAAGAGGUAACAGGGCUUAGUGAGUGGGGGGGAGUCUGUGGCAUCAGAGGUAGAAGCUGAAGUAGGAAAACGGGACGAGGGAGGUCAAGAGGCAGGGAUAACUCUUUCCAUGGAGGCAAUAGCAGGCAGUGUGGUGGUGGCACUCAUCUGACCGCUGGUUGGUCAUGCUACUGCCGGUACAGAAAAGGCAUUGAGGUGCAGACACACCAGUGGGAGCACCAAAUUGGCUCCACAAGUGCAUUUUCACCACGCCAACCUCACACCCAGUACUUCCUGGGAAGCAGCAGCAACAGUGUGGUGGGGCGGUGGAGCUCACCUGACCUUUCAAAACUGGCACUGACUCCGGCAGCUUCCCAGGUUCCUGUGUGGGAGAAUAACACUCUGGUAUAUCCUGCAGCGACUGCAAUGAAUAGAACUGAAUUCUUUCUGCUUUUCUGUUUGGCGCACAGGUAGCUAAACAUCCCCCAGCACAGCUUCCUGAUCUUUCCCCUUCCUCUCUUCCCCUCCUUCAUAGUUGAGUGGACUUCUGCAAGUGUGUGUGAGAACAGGAUCGGAGACAGAAGCUCGAUUUACACAUGUCGAGCAAAUUAUGGAAUAUAUCACGGUAAGAAGGGCCCCUGGCGAGAGUAUUUAAAGCAAUUCUAGCUAGGCCCUAUCUGUACUAAAGCAGUUUGAUACCACAUGGAACAGCCCCCAAAGAAUCCUGGGUAGUGUAGUUUGUUAAGGGGGCUGGGAGUUGUUAGGAGGCCCCUAGGUAAAGGUACAGUAAAAGGUAUUCCCCUCCCAGAGUUACAGUUCCCAGAGUAUCAUGGGAAGAAGUUUGGCUGUUAAACUACCCAGAAUUGUAACUCUGUGAGGAAAAUGAGGUGCCAGCGCUCUAGGUCCCAGGAUCAUUAUGGGGGUGAGCCACUACUGUUUAAAAAUUUUAAUGACUGAUGUUUUAAUGUAUUUUUAAUCUUUUGUUGGAAGCUGCCCAGAGUGGCUGGGGAAACCCAGCCAGAUUGGGUGGGGUAUAAAUAAUAAAUAAAUUAUUAUUAUUAUUAUUAUUAUUAUUAUUAUUAUUAUUAUUAUUAAGGUGGCAUGGUGCUGCUUUAAGUGUAUAGUGCAAAUUGUAGAUAGACCCAAGUUAGUUUGACCUACCAGUGCAGUGCAGCGUUAUGAGGGAUGCUGAGAGGGAAAUCAGAUCAGAAGUGACAUUCUCAACAAUCACCACAGCCCUUGAGGUGUUGGUCCAUUAUUUCCAGUGUGUAUUGACUUCCACGCAAACACGAACGCACCCCCAAACGCACCCCCCUCAUUAUCACAGCUCAGUGACUCAUUCCUGCCUGGCAAGAGAACUUCUGGUACAGUGCAGUUGGUAAGGGAUGUGGUUUGAGGAGAGGGGUGUGUGACCAGUGUGGAAUGGAGUUCUGGGAGCUGGAGAGGGCUGCACACACACACACACACACACACACACACACACACACACACUGUGGGGCCCCCAUCAGUAACCGGGACUGCACUUGCCUUGAUAGCCAGUUGCGGAAAAUGUUUGCACCUCUUUAAAAAAAGCCCAGUCCGUGACCCAAGUUGUCGUGAUAGCGGAUGAAUCCCACCAGCCCCCUGCCCUGCUUUCUUCCAGAAAUGUGUUCCUGAAGCAGCAGAGGGCAAGGCAGUUGCUGUCCCUCCCCCAAACUGGCCUUCUCAGGGUGAAAUUACCUUCAAGAACUACCAGAUGAAAUACAGAGAAGACAGCCCCUUGGUGCUUCAUGACCUAAACAUGAACAUUCACGGCAAGGAAAAAAUCGGGAUUGUUGGCCGGACGGGCUCUGGUGUGUUACUUUUAGUUCAGUCCUGCUGAUUUAUUUGCUUAUUUUGUGGCUGGGGAGGGUGGGUGGAAGGAGGGCUUCUGUAUUUCCCUGACACUGCAUAAAUGCUCAAGAUAGACCACUGGGUCCUGACGGACCUAGGCCAGGCCACCCACCAUAUCAGCAGCACAGGGCAAAAGUAUUGCCCCUGUAGCAAUGUUUUCCCAAAGUGCUUAUUUUGCAAGUAAAUGGGUAUGUUAAGAGUCACCAUCUGAGAUGGAGCUCAGCCUGCCCUGUUUGCUUCCAUCCCCUACCAGAUAAAGUAUCUGUGUUGAGGGGGGUUUUCCCGUCCUUUUUAGCCAUGUGCCAGACUGCAGUCCCUUGAUCCCAUCCCAUCAAAUCCAAUGGGAGUCACUGAGAAGGAAGCAUGUCCCUAUUUGCAUAGUCCCACCCCUUCAUCUGCAUAGCUGAGUUCUGUUUCUUGGUGCAAUGCUGUGUUCCAUGAUGGGAUGGAAUAUUUGCUUCUUAAGAUUCUAACGGUCUUACUCAGAUUAGACCCACUGAAAUUAAUAAAGUUCGGUGAGCCAUGUUCACUGACUUCAGUGAGUCUACUUUGAGUUGGACUCUCAUUAGGUAACACCUUAAACAAGAGACAAACUGUUUGAAACUGCUUAAUAUAUAUUAUGUAACAUGAAACUCCACCAACCAUCCAGCCAAGUCAUUGUCCCUAUCUGCAUUGUCCCACCCCUUCAUCUACAUAAUUCAGUCCCAUGUUCCAUUUCUUGGUCUGAUGUUGUACUGUGGUGGAAUAUUUGGCUUUUAAGAGUUUGAGUAAGAGGCAGACUCUUUGAAACUGCUCAUUAUAUAUGAUGUGGCAUGAAACGGAAUCUAUCAACCACCCAAACAGCUAUUUCCUAUAUGAUGGUUAUGUGUGCUGUUAUGGACUGGGGGGGGGGGGAUUAAUUUGGUUCACAUUUAAAUGUGAACCUACUCAAUUUGCAUUCCCCUAGACCAAUAUGCAAACAGAAACACAGCUCUCCUUUUGAAAUUUGCACUUUUCCAAAUUUCUCUCCUUUAUGUUGCUUUGUAGGGGCUUAGUUCUGAAAAGUGACAAAUAAUUGGACUGGAUCAAUAAAUAUUCUGCUUAUCAUCCUAUAACUCCUUACAAAUGGGCUUAAGAAAUGGAAAAAGCAUUGAAAGUAUCAUAUGAUGUGUGUGUGAAUUUGUGGAAUAUUGAUAGGAUGGGCAAACCCAAGGGCGUAGGAAGGGGGGCGGUGGGGACAGCCCGCCCUGUGUGUCAUCCCUGGGUGGAUUGCCAUGCCCCCCAGGCGCUGAUCGCCACACCAAUCGCCCCCAAUGGGCUCCAAUGGGCACGCCUAUUGCCCCCAAUGGGCGCCGAUCGCCUCCCUGUGUGCCAAUCACAAUGGGCACUGAUCGCCGCGCUGAUUGCCCCCCUGUGCACCAAUUGCUGCACCAGUUGCCCCCAAUGGGCACCAAUCGCCCCCCUGGGUGGCUUGCCCCGUUCCCCGGGUGCACAGCAUGUGUGCUGCUCCAGGUGCCGGAGUGGCUACCUCCACCACUGGGCAAGCCCUGCUGGGCUCAUAUUGGAUUGCCUUGGAUUAAAUCAUUUCCCUCCCACCCAGAAUCAGGAAAUAGCUUGGCUUAAUCUGAGACAACCAGACUCCAUUUGGAUCCCAUUGUGAUUUCAGUUCAUUACCUGAUGGAAUGCAAUCUUCAUCCGAUGGUCCUCCAACCAAGCCCCUUGCUUAUCUUCAGGUUCUGGAGGGAAAUGCUGGUUUAACCUCAGAAAUCACCAUCCUGCACACUUGAUCUAGAACUUUUUCAGUAGGAUGAAAACCCACGUAUUUGGUUUUUUAAAUGCUGCAUUCAUCUUUCAGGAAAAUCAUCCUUAGGGGUCGCCUUGUUCAGACUAGCGGAACCAACUGCUGGCACCAUCCUCAUUGACAAUGUUGAUAUCCUCACUAUUAGUUUGGAGUCUCUAAGGACCAAGUUGUCGGUCAUUCCUCAAGAUCCCGUUCUGUUUGUAGGUACAGUAAGGUAGCUGUUGUGACGAUUAUCAAAUUAACCUUUGCCGCAAAAGUGAAAGCUAACCAACUAGUGCUGGUUUCAAAAUCGCUCUGUAAGGGAAGGGGAAGAACAUCAACAUGAUUUGCCCUCUGCUGCAGACCGGAGGUUGAGAGAGAGUAGUUUGCAUAAAGUAACCCAGUAAGUUCUUGGCUCGGGUCAUAGAGAAAGGGGGGGAAUGUGCAGUGAUGCAGAACCUGAACUUCUGGUAAACAAUUGAAAGGCAGACCCUGUGAACACCAAGUGGCUGUCGUGGCAUCUCUACGGUAUAUGUACUUUGCAUUGGAAGUUAGGACGGAAAACCAAUUUAUGAAAUUAUUUUAUUGAUUUAUUUAUUUAGAGCAUUUGUAGCACACUUUUUAGCCAAAAAGGCUCCUGGAGUGGCAAUUUAAAAAAGACAGUCCCUGCCUGCAGGCUUACAGUCUUUUAAAAAAAGACGCAUAAAGGAAAAUGUACAGGGAGGGAAGAGGAAAAUAAAAACUCAGGCGUGAAUUUGUAUAAUGAUCAGCUGGCACAGUUCAAGGGAAGAAGGUUCCUGAUGGAGCUGAUGGAGUGAGCCUCCUGCUUCUGAUCUCUCCCAGUGAGGCAGCCUGAUGGAAUGGCUGAUUCCAGGUGUCUGUUGAGGGAGAGGAGACCUGAUGGGGUGAGCUCUGCUUCCCAGAAAACAUGCAGAUAUAUAUAUGUUUUAUUUACAGUGGUAUCUUGGUUUGCAAACGUAAUCCGUUUCGGAAGUCCGUUCCAAAACCAAAGCGUUCCAAAACCAAGGCACACUUUCUCAUAGAAUGUAAUGCAAAAUGGAUUAAUCCGUUCCAGACUUUUAAAAACAACCCCUAAAACAUGAGUUUUACUAUCUAACAAGACCAUUGAUCCAUAAAAUGAAAGCAAUAAUCAAUGUACUGUACUGUAAAAUAAAUAGGACAGUAUUGUAAAUGAUUAAAAAAUAAUAAUUCUUACCUGCACUGAUGAUAGUCAUGGUUUUGAUUGGGGGGGGGGUAUCCAUUUCUGCAGUCACAUGAUUAAUCAGUAGCUGAACUGGGUUCCACACAGUCACAAAAACAAAUUAACCGAAAAGCCUCAAAAACGAAAACACAAAAUAAAUAGCAAAAACAAAAGCGCCAAACCUAAUCUGUUCCGGAAGUCCGUUUGACUUCUGAAAUGUUCGAAAACCAAGGCGCAGCUUCUGAUUGGUGCAGGAAAUGAUAGCCGACAGCCGCACCGGAUGUUCGGCUUCCCCAAAACGCUAGAAAAACAGAACACUUACUUCCGGGUUUUCGGUGUUUGGGAACCAAGGCGUUUGAGUACCAAGGCAUUUGAGAACCAAGGUAUCACUGUAUUUCCUUUCCUUUAAGUUAUAGUAUACCAGAAAGAAAAAUGCAUGCACACAAAACGUUGUACAUAGUCAAACAAAUAUCCUAAGAAGCACCCAGUCCCCCCAAAACCCAACCCCUCAGACAUAAGGACACAUAAGCCAGUCAUUCUUAAAAUAGUCAGUGCCACAGUUUGUAUGUAAAGGGGUUCAAGUCCAAGUACAUUUAUUCAGAAGUAAGUCACACAGAGCUCCACACAUCUUAUUCCCAAGUAAAUGGCUUUCAGAUUGCAGUGCCAUUGGACAUGGUGGGACUUACUUCUGAGUCAAUAUGCACAGGAUUGUAGUGUAAGGCAAUGGAAGCCCCCUUUUCAGUUUCAGAACUCUAUGCAUUUGCAUGUAAAAAGUAUAAUGUCUCAUUGAGCCGGUCAAAGGUUAAACACAUGGAGGAAGAUGAGAGAAAUAGAGUCUGUUUUCCAGGUAAAUAAGGAGAUCUUAUACAAUGGUCAUGCAGUACAAUGUUAUCAGGAUUUCUUUUCUCUCUGGACUCCAUUGGUGUUAUUUAAAUGACCUUGCUAACACCAAUAAUAUUUGUAUUUUGGUUAAUAAAUUGGUUUGAAAUAGUAGAAUGAGAAUUCCCUGGAUGCCCAGAUGCUGGUUUGGGGCAAGUACUUGUGGGUGAGAAAGCCCCAGCAAAGAUUUAAAAUCACAAAACAUGCAGCAAAGUAAAGUGUGGAAAUAUAGGCUGUUAGACCUUUAAAAUAUCCCCUUCUAAGUUUAUUCCAAAGCUCCCACUUCCCUUUAACAUAAAAAGACACCACACUGUUCGGUAAGUUAAAAAUGGUUUACUUACAAACUCUUCAAAGGUCAGAUUCAUGUGCUUUUCCAUAAAGCAGCAGCAACAAAAGACAGGCAGUUUAACUUAGCUUCAAAACUGGUAAAUGUUUCUAAAUUAUUUGUAUAAAAACACAAAGAUGGCUUGCUAAACCCACACGGUCUGGCUUGGAGCGACUAGCCCAGACAUCCUUUCUGGUUGUUUUCAUGGUGGAACAGAGAGAGAACAAAGGUUUUGGUAGGUAACCCUUCCUCCCAAGGUGAGGGUGUGUGACCUAGCUAAGCCUGGCAGGACAGUUUAUGAUCUUAAUCCCUUCAUGCCUUAACUAAAGCUAUGCAUGCUGUUUAUAUGAGGCUGAUAUAUCCCACAGAUAACUUCUUAAGAGCAUAGAUGCUGCCUUUCUCAAACAAACCAAAGCCCAUUUAGUCCAGCAUUCUGUUCCAAACAAUCAGAUAUCUCCAGAAGCUGACAAACAGGACAUGGCAACAAUGUCCCUCCAUCUUUCUUGUCCUCAGUCUCACCUGUGCAAUAAUAAUGAAUCCAAGGGUCUAGUCCACAAGAACUGCAGCAGCAGGCAAUGUUUUCUUUUGCAGGGGCAAUGUGUUUCUUUCAUUCUCAUUCCUACCUUACAGGUACAACUUAGAUCCAUUUAAAGACCACACAGACGAUCAAAUUUGGCAAGCUCUGAGCAGAACGUUUAUGAAAAACACAGUAUGUUAUAUAUAUGUGUGUGUGUAUUUCUUUGUUUUCCCAAUCUAAUCUAUUAUUGCCAGAUGUAAAAUGACAGCAUAUGGAAAAUUUUGAUUCCCUGUUAACCAUGCAUCAUUAAUCACAAGAUACAGUACCAAAACAGUAGUGAGAAUAAUGUGGCUAAUAUUCAGUCCCAUUUAAGAUUUGAACAAUUAAUGUUCACUAAUUACAUUCUUAAUUGUCCUUUCCUCUUUUUAUUUUUUUUAAAGGCAGAAAUAAUUGAUGGCUGGAGAAUGGCAUUGCAAAAUUCAGAGAAGUGUAGAUUUUGAAGCAUGGCUGUAUUUUGGUUCUUGUAUUGUUUCAGAAAGCACAAAUACGUGUGUGUGUGUGUGUGUGUGUGUGUGUGUGUUGUGCCUUCAGUUCUACAAAUGCAGCCCCCAUGUUGCAAAGAGACAACUCUGCCUAUUCCCAACUCCCUUGCUGCCCCACCCCACCCCCACCAUUUACACCUAUUGGUGACCACACAAACUACAGCAAAACAACUUUUUCCCUUGUACAUAGUAAGAGAUGUAUACCUCAUAGUGUUCAUAAGGCUGUCAGGCUCAAAAGCCAGGGAUCUGGUAGCUCGGGACAGGUAAUGAGUAGGCAGAAGACCGACAGAAUCUUAGCAGAAAAGGGAGAAAAAUGGGGAAUUUAGCAGAUUUAGAAGCUUUAGAAAGAAGUGGAAUAGAACAGGUCCUCUAAAGGUAAAGGUAAAGGGACCCCUGACCAUUAGGUCCAGUCGUGGCCGACUCUAAGGUUGCGGCACUCAUCUCGCUUUAUUGGCCGAGGGAGCCGGCGUACAGCUUCUGGGUCAUGUGGCCAGCAUGACUAAGCCGCUUCUGGCAAACCAGAGCAGCACACGGAAACUCUGUUUACCUUCCCGCCAGAGUGGUACCUAUUUAUCUACUUGCACUUUGACAUGCUUUCGAACUGCUAGGUUGGCAGGAGAGUCAAUCAGUUCCUGGGUCAGCAGGACUAUGGGCACUUACCUGCAAUUUCUCCUCCAACCAGAAGCAUGGGAUGAGCAGAGAAUUGCUUGGAGGCAGUAGCACCUGUCAAAGCCUUAGAGCAGCUCUAAUAAAAUCGGCUUCCCCGCCACCCCACCUUCAUUUUAAUUGUAAAACUAUAAAUGUUUACACAAGCUGCUCUGAGCAUUUGCCCAGGUGCCGCAGGAUUUCAAUUUGUUGUUCUGCUUUCCCACCAGUGUUCCAUGUGAGAGGAGGGAAAUCCAAACAGAUUAAGCUGGGAUAUUGACUCAGCAGCCAAUAAUCUUCUGGGUCCAGGUCAGGGAUGGGGAAACCUUCUGAUGUGGUUGGACUCCAAUUCCCAUCAGCCCCAGCCAGCAGGGCCAAUUUUGACCAAUUAUGGGAGGUGUAGUUAGGAAUGGAGGAGGAGUUCAAUUCGGUUUACAUUUAGAAAUGAACUGGUUUAAUUUGCACUUUCUGAAACAAUACAAGAACCAGAACACAGCCGUCCUUCAAAAUCUACACUUCUCCAAAUUUUGCAAUGCCAUUUUCUAGCCAGGCAAAUUUUACAAAAAUGAAAAUACUGGGGUAAAGGUUGUAUAUAAAUGCACAUAUAUUCAUGGAAAUAACAUACAAAGAUGCAUUAUAUUAAAGGAAAGUGCUUCACAAAAAUUUGUGUGUUAGACAAAAUUGCAAACAAACUGUCUAUAUUAGAAGAAAUUCACACUUAAAUGCUGAUGGAUUUCCAUGAGGACUUUCACUUUUUUAAAAAAAUGCAAACUCAUGUGUAAAUGUGCAAAACAGAGAGAGAGAGAGAGAUUCACCCCAAGUUGUACUUCAACUGCAUCUGGAGAACCACAGGUGUUCUCCAUCCUUUGGGAAGCAAAUCAUGUGGAAACCAGAAAGAGAGGUUAGGGCAGGGGAGAGAGAGAGAGAGAGAGAGAGAGAGAGAGAGAGAGAGAGAGUGUCAAUCUAUUGGCUGGUAGUUAGUUUUACACACACACAUGCGCACGUGUGCGAAAGAAAUACGAUUUCUCAUUUUUUCAUUAAUUCCUUUAUUUAUUUCAACAGUUUGUAUACCACAUUUGUUUGUUAAGGGCCUUGUAAAAUAACACAAGAACCUUGAACCUGGCCGGAAUCACCAUUGUGCGGUGAUUGUUUGCUCAAGACAGAAUCUGGUUGCCAUCCCAAAACGUCUCCAUGCCAGAUCUUUUAUUCACAUCACUCCUUCGUCAUUCCGCCUGCCCUUCAGUUGCUUCCCCGCUCUCUCACCCUUGCCUGCCGCCAUCAAAUGUUCAAGCGGCUUUUGCCUCUUCCCUCUUGCACAUCCUUCUCCUUAUACUUGACAGGGAUCAGUGAUGUUGUGUCAAAGAUGGUUUCCUGCCCUGUUGCUGUUGUGUGUGCAACAAAUAAUAAAUUGUGUAAUCAUGGCAGCGUUUCUCUUGUAUCCUAGGUUUCAAAACUGCCAGAAAAGUUAGAAGCAGGGGUGGCUGAAAAUGGAGAGAACUUCUCCGUGGGGCAACGGCAGCUGCUCUGUAUGGCGAGGGCGCUCCUCCGAAAUUCAAAAGUGAGUUCCCGGAGCGGUCACUGUUUCUCGACUGCUCCAGAAUGCAUAAGGCACCUUUGGUCCUAAAAGCACACUUCUUCCUGCCUUUCUCCUUCUUUGCAUUCAUUUCUAAAGGGAAGGGCUGUAGUUCCAUGGUAGCGCAUCUGCCUUGCAUGCAGAAGGUCACAGGUUCAAUCCCCAAUUGCAUCUCCAGUUAGGGCUGGGAGAGACUCCCCAUCUGAAACCCUGCAGAGCCCCUGCCAAGUCAGUGUAAACAAUACUGCAAUGCAGGAACACUGACCACCAUGAGAGGAGGAUGCUAGACUAGAUGGUCCAUUGGACUGAUCCAGCAGGGCCCUUCUUGAGCUCUUGCUUUCAGUGGGAAGCCUGCUAGCAGGACCUGAGAACAACAGCACUCUUGUGAUUCCCAACAAAUGGUAAAGGUAAAGGUAAAGGGACCCCUGACCAUUAGGUCCAGUCGUGGCUGACUCUGGGGUUGCGGCGCUCAUCUCACUUUAUUGGCUGAGGGAGCUGGCGUACAGCUUCUGGGUCAUGUGGCCAGCAGGACUAAGCUGCUUCUGGCAAACCUGGAGCGGUACCUAUUUAUCUACUUGCACUUUGAGGUGCUUUCGAACUGCUAGGUUGGCAGGAGCAGGGACCGAGCAACGGGAGCUCACCUCGUUGCGGGGAUUCGAACCGCUGACCUUCUGAUCGGCAAGUCCUAGGCUCUGUGGUUGAACCCACAGCGCCACCCUCAUCCCACCAACAAAUGGUACCCAGGGACAUUUACUGCCUCUGACAGCAGAGCUGCUUGCAGGGAUGAGUGAGAGAGACCUGCUCCUUUUGAAAUCCUGCUGGUGGCCUUCCCAGAAGCAUCUGCAAGAAACAGGAUGAACCUUAGACCUGAUCCAGCCAGGGUUCUUUUUCACAUUCCGUUCCUGAGCUUGCCAGAGCCCCCUGAGCUGAUUUCAAUAACUUUCUGUUAUUGGACCUUAUUCAAAUGUUCUUCCUAUUCAUUCCUCCCCUGCUGUGUUGAUACUUCCACCCCGCUUUAUUUGUGCUGCUGCGCUGAUUUAUGUUGCCUCAUUAAUAUGACAAACUGCUGAAAUUAUAGCACAGUUCAAGAGCUAUAAUAAUAAAUUUGGGGCACAUUUCACGUUCAUCAUGAUGACACACCACCAUCACGGAACUUGUCAAAGCAACUGCAAAUAUUUGCAAAUGUUUCAGAGGGUCUGGUGUGGGUGGGUCCUGCUUCCUUCUCUAUUGGUGCUGCUACCUGAGCAGCCAUCCUUACCCUAAAAGCAAGGUGGUGCUAUUGCUUUAGAUGACCAGCACACCCCCUUGUCCUUUCCCCCUUCUUGAAAAGAUGUUGGCUUUGUCUGCCCUAGCUAAUAAUGAAUCCCAGUAUUGGUUUGUUGUUGUUGUUUAGUCGUUUAGUCGUGUCCGACUCUUUGUGACCCCAUGGACAGUAUUGGUUUAAGUGGACCUUAAGGGAUAAUGAAUUUGGGCUCUUCCAUGGCAAUCACAGUUUAUGGUACCAGAUCCUCCUGAAUGCUGAAAAACUUCACCGCGUCCCUCCUUCAAACAGUGGGAAGCCAUGAUUUGUUUGAAACCUGUAAACCAAAUUAUUAGCUGGCACUGGGUGUUCACCAGCUGCACUGCCUCUUGGCUUGUUUCUGGGUGCCAGUCCUGAUGUCUCUAACACAGUUCAGAACAACAAUACAGAAGUUUCUGUAUACCACGUUGGUCCAGUGUUGUCCACACUGACUGGCAGCAUCUCUCCAGGGUUUCAUAUCUACCUGGAGAUGCCAGGGAUUGAACCUGGGACCUUCUGCAUGCAGGGCAAAUGCUCUACCACCAAGGUGUGGCUCUUUCCCAAGCACAGGUGGCACAUAUUUCAUUCUGUUACAGAAUGAAGUUGCAGAAUGACCGAGCAAGAUGGCUGUUGGUGGAGGCAGUUCAGGGCAGAGCCAAAUGGCAGCUGGAUUCUUCCUUUGCUGCAGCUAGGCUGAGUUCAGGGAAGAAAUUCUGGGAGGGGGAGAGCCACAUGGUUCCUUUCUGGCCAAUGUGAGUGCCUUCCUGUCUCAUCUGUCCCUCUGGUGCAACGAGGUAGAAUGGGAUGCCAGCAGAGUCACUUCUGUAAGGGGAAGAACCAAAUGAAAGCUGACUCUGCUUUCUCAAUGAAGGCCGUAACUGCCAUUGGCACAGAGUUCCUGUUUACACACACUGCAAAGGGAGCGUGAGAGUCAGGACUCUUUUAUGCCUGCUGAGUCCUAAAUAACUAUAAUAACACAAUAAACAUGCAGAAGGGAGAAUGGCAGGUGAAGUGUGUCAUGCAGAGGAGAGGAGAGGUGCACCUGUUGAGAUUUCAGCGACGCACACCUUAAGGUGUGUGAAAUUCACCCACACCCACAUCAAUUUCACCAGGUGGUUCUGUGCUGGGAAGCUGUAAUUGGUUGCCAGUUUCCAACGGGUGUCUGUGAGUCCUUGCGAAGUCUGUGUCCACGGCAGUGUCUCUCUGCCAUUUGGGAAUGUUGAUGUGUAUCGCUUGUUACUCCCACCAUUGUUAAAGGGCAGUAUCUGGUUUCCCAAGCAGAGACACCACUGGCUUUCUGUCAUUACGUUAUGUCUGGAAAAUUGAACUGAAAGGCAUCAAAUUUUUAUUUUCUUUUUAAUGGUAUAUGAGAACGAAGACCUUAGCAGACCCACUGAGAGAGGCUGUUUCGGGCUGAAAUGUGUUUGGAUGUUUAUUGUAUAUGAAACAACUCCUUUUAUUUUAUUCAACUUCAGAUUUGUUAUACAUUUGUCUUAUAAUUUGACUUCCCACAUUCCCUUCCAUGUUGUUUUUAUACCUAUCCCUUUUAUAUAGGGCAUAAUACCAUACUUUUCACCUAAUACACAUUUCUCCAUUCCUUCACACAUUUUAUCUAAUAUAUGUUCCUCUGUUUCAUAUAUUGCCAUUUCUUCUCGUAUAUGAAACAACUUCUGAUUAUCUGCCCUAGGGCAGCGUUUCCCAAACUUACAAUAACCCCUUCAUAUCCCCUUUUUGAGAGUUCAGUUUUACUGCCAUGCCCCUUUUCAAGCAAAAGUAAUUUGGGGGUGCUUCUAAUAAUACUAUUUUUAAUUGCUUUGUGUAGCUAAAAACAACUAUGGUCAAGUAAAAUAAAAUAAAAAUUCUGCCUUAUGCCCUUUGAAACCCUUUCGUGUACCCCCAGGAGAAUGCACAACACACUUUGGGAAACGCUAACCUGGAAUGACUAUUAUCAACUGCAGGUUUUCUAUAAGGUGUUUUACGUAAAUUUGUCUUAGAAACACGCCCCCAAUGGUCACUCUUUCUUUGUUGCUAUGAAAUGUAUCGGGGGAUUUUCAAAGCCCUGGCUGACCUCUGGAACAUCUGAAUGGGAUUUGACAAAAUCUGGCUCACGGACUAAUAUUUACACAUGGCUAGGUGUGCCCCAUGGUGUGGGAAGAGUGAUGGCAAAUUUAGCCCUGUGACAUUUCAUCUGCGAAAAUGUGAUGGUUCCCACUUACCAGCAUUCUGCAAUGCUUGCUGGGGUGUAUGUGUGGCUAUAUUCUAAAAUUGUUAAUGCAAACAUCAUUACUCCUGCAGAUAAUACUUCUCGACGAGGCGACUGCAUCCAUCGAUUCCGAGACGGAUGUGCAGAUUCAGCAGACCAUCCGGGAAGCUUUUGCCGACUGCACCGUCUUGACCAUUGCUCAUCGUAUGAACACCAUCCAAGAGUGUGACCGUGUGUUGGUGAUGGAUAAGGGGAAGGUACUUAGCUAUAGAAGUAAAUAAUAAUGAUGAUAAUUGUCAGGGAACUGCCAUCAGCUCAGAGGUGAGAGGUGGAAGGGCAGUUGUGUUACAGGGAGCCUCAGAAGAUCUUGCAAAGCAGUUCCUCCUCUGGCGAGGAGGGAAGCCCCCCUCCAGUGGGGAGGGGGUGCAGGGACCAGAAGAUGCUAGGGAGAGCCUCAACACUGAGCCUGAGCAAAGUAGAGGGGAGCCCCCUUUGCCUGCGCCCACUCUGCGCAGUAGGUUUGGGCGCAGAGAGGGGAGGAGAAGCAUGGGGGGUCACAUGACUGUUAUGCUGGGGAAGGUAUAAGGACCGCCCACUCCCAGAUUCUGCUAGCGACUGAGCAGACAUGGACUUAUGACGCUCUGCACUGUAAAUAGUUUGUACUAAUAAUAAAGCCCGGAAAAGACAGGUUGGAGUCUUGCCUGUUUGCUCUUGAGCAACCACACCAACACCUGAUAAGUAUGAUAAUGAUAAUAAGCUUCAUACUUCCUACCGAGGACCAAUAAAAUUGGCCUGGAAUUGAGCUAUCUUCUAAACAUAGUUUCUAAAGCUUUUGCAAGAAUUUCAGUUCCUUUGAGUCUCAUAGCUCUUCUAAGGCAGACGAUAUCAGCGGACCUUUGCUCUUGCAUCUCUUGGUGGAGAAGGCUGUUGGGUGCUCCAGGGGAGGUGUGGCUAACUGCUGGCCUCCUAAUGUUCAGGGAUGAUGACUGGAAUUGUAGUCCAGCAAUAUCGGGUGGGGUGGGGGCACAGAUUAGGCACCCCUGCCCCAUAACAUGUCCUCUCCCUUGCCCUUUCAUUGCUUUUGUUGCCUCUCCAGGUCUGCAGUGGCCAUAGGGGAGCAGCCACCCUGCCCUGGAAGUCUAUUACUAAGCACCAGGUCCAGAUUAUGCAAAACCUGAGUGUCCAAAGAGGGCAAGGACAUUUUUUUAAUAUAAAAAAUUGAUGUUAUUAGUGGGAUAUAAUAGAGACAAUCUUUCACAUAAGCAGCAUGGACUGAUAUAAUGGGUUAUUUUAAAUGGGAGGCACCAAUUGCAGAUGAGGCAAGGAAGAUUGUUAAUCUCCUGGUGGCAGCAAAUAUAGUUUUAGCCCAGCUUUGGAAAUCAGCAAGACACCUGAAACAUCACAGAGGGAGCUGGGAUGGCCCAAUACAUUUUUCUUCGUGAGGCAAAGGGUAAGAUGGUGCCCACCCCACCCACAGCAUUCCAUGUGCAGAGGCUGAAUGGAAUUUCACUCCCAUCCCCUUUCAGUACUGGCAAUAGGAUAUUUUCCUCCAGCAAACUUGAGGGCAGAGGCUGACAUGGUGGCAUAGCUCUGUGCUCUAACACCUUGCUGCCUGUUGCUUCAUCUUGUCUAAUGGCAGGAAAACACACAAGUUUAGCACAUCAAAGAAAUAGCCUUCUAAGGCAAUGUGAUAAUUUUCAGGAAUGGCAAGUCUUUGUGCUUACUUUGGGGUAAGUGAUGCUACCAAAAGGCUGAACAUAUUUUUUUUAAAGUGUAAAAACACACACACAAACAUGUAUUCAUCAGUAAUGUAGACUGGGGGACAUUAAACUAAAGGAUCUAAAGGAACUGAAAGCUGUAGGCACACCCCACAAUUAAUUUUAGAAAUCCUCCUACAGAGAACUGGAAACCAGGGCAAAGCAAACCCACAAUAAAGGAACGGAACUGAGGAAAUCCUUUCUUCCCUGUUACUAUGUUUCCCCCCCAUUGCUAUUCUCCUUCCCCAAGGCAAUUUUCACAUGAUAGGAUACUCAUAAAAAAACGACCCCAACUGCACUGUAUUCUUGCUUCAUACUUGACAUUUGCUAACGCAUCUGACAUUUGUUCAAUUUCUUUCCCAAUGACUUUCAGAUAGUGGAGUUUGGCAAACCGGAUGAGCUCCUUCAAAAACCCAAUUCCGCAUUUGCAUCACUCCUAGCCGCUACAAGCAACGUCGGAUCCUAGACAUGAAAAUACUGAAUGGUGCUUUCUCUGUGGACUUCAGAAAAGAAGGCUUAAUAUGGACAGGAAGAACAGAAUUGAUAUCUAACGUCUUGCCGACAAAGAAAUAUGAUAACCUUCACUGAAGGCCACAUUUAAGGGCAAACUGUGAAGCUUGAUAGAACCAGGGGCAGCUGAAGCUAAGAACUAAAUAAGGGGAGCAAGAAGGACUUUGCAAAAACACAUGGCAUUGGACUGCUGAUUUUGGAAUUCAUUCAAAAAUAUAGCCCACCUGCAGGGAAACCUGUUAACAUGAUGUGUUGGAUCAGCACAUUUUCAGAGGGUGCUAACAUGAUCGGCAGACUUACCAGAGGGGAUUCACCCUUAGCAUCCCACAACAGUUAAACAAUGUACUUUACAGGCAAAUGAUAUAGAUCUGAUCACUGCAUAGUGACAAUGGCUGCAACUCAGCCAAGGUAGGAUGUGACUGAGCCCCACCAAAAUCAGUGCAAUGAGUUAGUUACAACUAACUCAAGUCCCAGGAAUUUCAGUGGAACUUGUGGCAACCAGUCUCUGUUGGAUCGGAGCCACCACGUAUCAUUUAGGCAGCUGAAAAAUUCUGGCUGGUUUUUAAAGGAACAAUUCAUCUAUUUGGCUGUCAUACUGUAAGCAGAUGGGCUUCUUCAAUUCCAUUGACUACAGUGGGAUUUAAGCAGCCUAGCUGGGUACAGCUUCCGCCUUUAGCUUGUACCUGGUGCUUGCAAGGAAAAUGCACUGCCGUGUUUGGGUAAAAGGAGCCCAUGCAAACCAGCUUGUUGAGCACCUGAAUGGUCCAAUAGAUUUCAACCAGAACAACGUAAGUAUAUGCUUAUCUCGCCAAUUGGAAUCAAUCGUCAAAAAACAAAACAGAACACCAGACACUUACCUUUGGCUGCAUUGUGCCCAGCACUUCUCUGCAUACCAUGUGAUCUGUUUUCCAAGAAGAGAAGAGAAAAAGAUACAUAGGCUCCAGUGGAGGAAGCACGCUUGUAGUUUGUCAUUGAAGUAUGCAGUAAAGAAUACCGUCCACUGUAA